AAAAACACGAGCCAAUGAGCGAGGCGGAUGUUAGGGAAGCGUCAAAGUUCAUGGGAAAGCGAGGUCCGGAUUGGGCGGCAGGGCCUGAGCGGGCACGCACGGUUUGCCGUCGGGGCGCGAGGGAGGAGGUCGCUGAGGGAGGGGAAAAGCGAAGGGAAGAUGGCGGCGGAAACAGUGGAGCUGCACAAGUUGAAGGUACUGAGGCCGGGUCUGAGCGGGUGGGGCGGACUCCUCAUACUCUGAGGGAACAGCGCUGGGCCUCCUCCUCCUUCUCCCUCGCCUCACUCCAGGCUGGCGGCGGCGGCAACACUGAGGGAAAAAUCCUGAGGGAGCUGCCUUUACCCCCUCAGGCUCCGUGUGGGGUUUUGCGCCGUCAGACCACCCGGGCCGCCGAGUUCUCGCGAGGGCGGGAAAAGAGUCACGGCGGAUCCCGUCGCGCCGCGCUCCCCUCUGAGGCCGGCUGGACCUGCGGACAUCGCGCCCACCGGCAGGAAGGGGCAGCGCUCUCCUCGCCCACGGUGGUUGGCGGUAGCUGCGUAGCCCGAGCUGAACGCCCUGGUGGAUCUGGCGAGGGGAUCUGUCUAGCCCACCAUCCCGUUCUCACACAACUACCAGCCAAGAUGCCUGUGGGAUAUAGGAGCGCGAGAGAAAACUCUCCCCUCCCGUGGUUUCCAGCAAUGGUAGUCGGAAGCAUUGGUGCCUCAAACUGUGGAGCAAAGUAGCAAACACUUCGGCCCCCCCCCCAAUAUUUUUUUUGAGAGGGCCUGGAGGGAUAGAUACAGUGGUACCUCGGGUUAAGUACUUAAUUCGUUCCGGAGGUCCGUUCUUAACCUGAAACUGUUCUUAACCUGAAGCACCACUUUAGCUAAUGGGGCCUCCCGCUGCUGCUGCGCCGCUGGAGCACAAUUUCUGUUCUCAUCCUGAAGCAAAGUUCUUAACCUGAAGCACUAUUUCUGGGUUAGUGGAGUCUGUAACCUGAAGCAUAUGUAACCCAAGGUACCACUGUAUAUGCAUAUACAUAUACAAUACACAUAUACGUAUAGAUAGAUACACACACACACACAUAUAUACAUACAUAAAUUUAUAGACAUAUAUUUAUAUAUACACAAACAUAUAUAUACAUAUAUAUAUAUAUAUAUAUAUAUACACACACAUACGGGACAUGGGUGGCGUUGUGGUCUAAACCACUGAGCCUUGGGCUUGCCGAUCAAAAGGUUGGCAGUCCGAUUUCCCCGACAGGGUUAGCUCCCGUUCCUCGGUCCCAGCUCCUCCCAACCUAGCAGUUCAAAAGCACUCCAAAAAGUGCAAGUAGAUAAAUAGGUACUGCUCCAGCGGGUAAUGGCGUUUCCGUGCGCUUUGGCUUCCAUCACGGUGUCCCGUUGCACCAGAAGCGGCUUAGUCAUGCAGGCCAGAAAAUCUGUCAGCGGAGUGGACGAACGCUGGCUCCCUCGGCCUGUAAAGCGAGAUGAGCACCACAACCCAGAGUCAUUCGCAACUGGACUUAACUGUCAGGGGUACCUUUACCUUUUACCUCGGUUUUUGAAUAUCUCCAUUGAUGAACAUUCAGUUUUCGAAUGCCAUAAACCCAGAAGUAAAUGCUUCAGUUUUUGAACACGCCUCAGAAGUUGAACAUGCCAUGCGGCUUCCGCUGAGUGCAAGAUCCUGAGGUCUAGCUAUUGGCUAUUGAGUUUUCAGUUAUCGAAUGUUUCAGAACUCAAACAGCUGGGGACCUGGGUGUCCAAGCACCCACAAAUUCCCCAUGAAGGGGGCUGGGCACCCUCAAAUUUUGCUGCUAGGGCCAUGCACGCUGCAUGGCACCCACAGUCACAGGACCAAACUGGCGCUCCUGAUGGGCAUUCCCAUUCACAUGGCGCGGGUGAGCCCCAUUAUCAUUGAUUAUGCGGGACUUACUUGCCCCGCCCCCAAAUAUUUCAUUCAAGUUGGCACCUCUGCUGUGGAGGUAGAGCAUAUCUAUAAUGGCUAGUAGCCAUUGAUAGUCGUCUCCUCCCCGGAUUUGUGUAAUCUUUCGGUAAAAGUUGGAAGCAUAUCAUUGUUGAUUUACUUCAGUUAGUAAGUCAUUUGGAAUGAAUAGUUCUCAAAGUGGCUGAUAGCUAAUUCUUAACAAUUCAGUACAAAGCAGUGCUCUCUCAUUUUAGUAGUGGAGGAUGUUAUGUUAACCUAGUAAACCAUUGAGCCUCUUGGGCUUGCCAGUUGGGAGGUUGGCGGUUCAAAUCUCCACGACGGAGUGAGUUUCUGUUGCUCUGUCCCAGCUCCUGCCAGCCUAGCAGUUUGAAGGCACAUGAGUGCAAGUAGAUAAACAGAUACCACUGCGGCAGGCAGGUAAACUGCAUUUCCGUGCACUCUGGCUUCUGUCACGGUGUUCUGUUGCACCAGAAUCAGUUUAUGCAUGCUGGCCACAUGACGCAGAAAGCUGUUUGUGGACAAAUGCAGAUUCCCUCAGCCUGAAAGCAAGAUGAGCACCGCAACCCCAUAGUCACCAUUGACUAGACUUAACCUCCCAGGGGUCCUUUACCUUACCUGCCUUCCAUAGGUUAUUGGACGACAGCUCCUCUGUCAUCCCUGACCAGUAGCCAUUGUUGCUGGGGCUAAUGGAAGUUGUAACCCAGCAACAUUUGAAGGGGUACCAGGCAAGGGACUAUGUUAACUCCUCUUCCCCAGUUCUCUGGUGGCGAGUCUAGCAGGAAAUGGCCCUGCCACAAUAGCACUCAAAAUAAGAAACAGGAGGGAGGUAUUUGUAUAAAAAUGUGUGUUCCUGUGAAAUUACGUAAUGAAAAUUGAAUGUGUUUGAGUGGAAGCCUCAACCUGGACCAGUAGAACACUUUAUUUUACAAAUGAUCUUUUAAAAGCCUAUUUAUUCUCUUGUCCUUUGGUUACUCAAUGAAGCAUGAGCCUCUCUAGGAUUAAGGCUGCAAACCUUUGCCCACUUAUAUAGGAAUCAGUGCAACCUGAAUAUAGUGGAACUUGCUUUGAUAAAUCUACUUUAUACAAUUCAGUCCUAUUUCCUUCUCAGUUUGCAUGCUGAACUUUCUGUCAUUGCUGCCCCUGGUUCUGGGCAACCAGUAUUGCCCUCCCAUUUUCCAGGUGGAUGCUUCCUGCCACAAAAUGCUUGUGUAAAGUUGCAGAGAUAAAUGUGGGGAACCAGGAAUUUCACAGUAUGAAAUAAAUGUUUCCCCUUGUAUGCUUGUUAUUAUUCAUUCAAAGCAUCCCCACCUCAGCAAGAAAAGUUUCCAGGGCAGCUUAUAUAAGAUCAUGCUUAUAUACUUAAUAAAUUAUUGAAGCAAUCUGAAAACCUUGUGGGCCCCUUGGUAGGCCCUUAUGAGCACCAUGACUCCUGGUGAUGGCAGCUGUAGUGUGGAAGGUAGGCACACAGCCCAAGAGGAUGUAAUAACAGAGUAAAACUACAAAUUUAUAGAAAAUGUAGUGUAGCAGCAUAGAAUUGUGAUGGCUGUCACCAGUAGUGUUACUCUUGCACAAAGCUGGAGCAGUCGGAGGUGCAGUGGGUAACUUAGUGAGAUCUCAUUUUCCCAGGAAGUAGUCUCAUGAAUAAAGUUCUAAGGUGUUUAGGCCAGUGAAAGGCCUAAACUUCAUAAGUCAACUUUAUUAACUAUUGUGAGACUGAGAGUCUUCUAUUUUUGGUCUUGUUUUUACUGCAGAUUCCUACAGACUUUCUUUACAAAUGUUAUAAAAUGAGUGUUGAAAAAAAUCUAAAUAAACCCUGUGUCCUUAUUAAAAUACACAGCCGUAGCUUGUUCAAAACCUUUCACCACUUAAUAUCUAUCCAUUAUGAUUAUUGCAUUUUUGUACAUGUUUCCUUCCUAAUCUGUAGGAAGCCACACUUUCUUUAUUAAGGCAAAGUCUCUUCUACUUUACAGCUAGCUGAGCUGAAGCAGGAAUGUUUAGCCCGAGGUCUGGAGGCAAAAGGAAACAAACAGGAUCUCAUCAAUAGACUUCAGGCCUAUCUUGAGCAGCAUGGUAGGUUCCUACACUGCAUUCUUUCUACACUCUACCAAGAUCCUUCUAACAAGAUAGAGCAGAGUCCAGCAGAGGUUACCUUAAAUAUUUAAUCAAAUGUGUUGCUUUUUGGAUGUUCAUUGUGAAACUGUUUACAGUCUUUCUGUACAAGAGUCAAAGGUUCCCUGUUUGACUUCAGUUUAUUAAUUGCUCUUCAUAUAAAGUUCUGAAAUGAUUGAUCAAGACAUAGGCCACUUUCUAAUGUCAUGCUAAACCAUGGUUUAAUGUUAAGUGAACAAGCUCAAGUGCUCGCCUCUCUGUUUCUGGCAUGGCCAAGAGGAGGAGUUGGAAGCUUUUGCUUACAUUUUUCAUCAAUUGCAUUUUUGCAUUUUGUUCAAUCUCAUGGAUGCGUUUUUGGCAGGACCCUCACAAUUCCCUUCAGAAUCUUUGCCAGUGACAGAUACAAGAAAAGAAACAUGAGCUGGCGUGGUGUAGUGGUUAAGAGCAGUAGACUCGUAAUCUGGGGAACCGGGUUCACGUCUCCGCUCCUCCACAUGCAGCUGCUGGGUGACCUUGGGCUAGUCACACUUCUUUGAAGUCUCUCAGCCCCACUCACCUCACAGAGUGUUUGUUGUGGGGGAGGAAGGGAAAGGAGAAUGUUAGCCGCUUUGAGACUCCUUCGGGUAGUGAUAAAGCGGGAUAUCAAAUCCAAACUCUUCUUCUUCUUCUCUCUAGUACCAGCAGUGGUCAGGAUAAAUGUUUCUAGAACUAAGAGAGACAGAUUCAAACCCCCCACCCCAACUAUGUGUUCACAGGUUUUAUUUUCAGUAAAAGGCACAACUGACAUGGAUAAAUACUCACACUGUUGAAGACACUGUUUUAGAACAGAAACCUUUUGGGAUGCAAGGAUAAAGUGCAUGUCUGCAAAGGAAGCAACUGCUGAUAUAAGAUGCUUUAUCAUGGUGGUCAAUAACAUUGCAUUGAAAGCAGAAAAGGGGGAUUUGAAUUCUGCUUCAGGCAGAUACUGGAAUCCACUCUAGCCCAAAGUACACUACAGCUGUUGUAUGCCACACAGGUCUACACACUAAUUUCCUGGUGGCCUGGGCAGCACGGCCACAAUGCUGGGCUUGUGACCGUCUACUAGUCCAGGUAGGAAACUUCUGUGAUUCAUGUCAGAGCUCAACCUCCUGGCUCCUCAGUCUUGUUUCCUGCCAAGCUCAGCAGAUGUCCUCUGUCCUCUUAGACCUUAACAUUUUUCUUGGCUUUUUUUUCUUUUUUCCAGCAUUCGGACCCACAAAUUACCCUAUUGGUGUCUUUUCAUCCAACAUCAAUGAGUGAUGAGGCCCAAUCAUACACCAUAGCUAAACAGCUUAAGGCCUUCUCAGAUUCAGCAUCUUCCAGCUCCUAGGCAAGUGAUGGCCCACUCAACUAGAGCUACAGCCACCAUAGUGGUCUGGCAACUAAUGUCAGCAUUAGAGGGCAGUCCCCUCUGCUGUUACCAGACAUUAUAAAGGGGAUACUUGCACUUCUGCAGAAACAGCCCUUUGGAAGGUGUGUCCUUCAGAUAAUAGCUAGACCAUAGGGAGUGGAUUCAAUAUCUGCUCAAAGGAACAUAGGCUCUGGUAGGUCCCAGCAUAGUAGCAUUGUAGUCCAGGCUGCCAGGAAAAUGUAACUUUGGUCACUUACUAUGAUAUGGGCCUUUUCUGGCAACAGGGUUCACCCUAUAUGCAGCUGCUCUCUCAAGAGGUGGUCAUAUAAAUUGUUAUCAGAGCAGUUUAGUUACUAUGCUUGUUACUAUUAAUAUUAAUAUACAUAAUGCCAACUAUGUUCAGUACACUGUACACAAUUAAAUUAAGAAAUUCUACCCUGAAGUUGUACAGUCUAGAACAACAAUUAUAAACAAUACAACAAGAAUCAGUAGUUUAGAACACACAGUUCACAAGCCAUUAAAAUUGAGGUUCUUUCCAGUGACAUUGUUAGGUUUUUCAGUUGUGUUGCAGAUCCUACAGUUUCUAGAGCUUAACCAGAAGGGAAAACUGAGGAGCUAGGAGGAGCACUGAAACAAAUCAUUUGUUUCUUGCCUGGGCUGGCAGAGGAACACAAACCUAGAAUAGUGACUAUGUAACCCUGCUUCUAGAAAAGACCUGUAUCAUAGUAAGUCACUAACAUUACAUUUGAUACCCCAAAAUCAUUUGAAAAAGUAGAGAGGCAAUGGAAAAAGCUAUCCUGGCAACAGAAAAUUAGAACCCCGAUGUCACUUUUUCUUAGCAACCAGAGACAUCAAAGUUUUCAGAGGCAGCAAGUUGUUUCCAGAAAAUGGAAGUCAGCAAAAUGAAAACAAAAAGGAAUUUAAAUUUGCACAUAUUACAAUCACAAAAACGCAAGUAUAAUAUAACAGAUCCAAGAAAAUAAUUUGAGGAACAUAUUACUGAAAAUAUUAAAGCCAGCAAUUAAAAACAGGAGACUAGUUAGGAAGACAGUUGGAUCACUAGAGGACCAAGGAAUUAAAGUUUUAUUAAAGGAUAAGGUGGCUGCUGAAAAACUGACAAAUUAUGUAGCUGAUGAAGAUGUAGAACAGGGGCCCAAGCCUAACAUGACCCACUGAAUUUGUAUUCCAUAGGUAAAACCAUGUUCAAGAUAGCUUACAGCAUGAAAACUUACAUAAUUACAAACAUAACAAAAGUAGUCAAAUAAAACACAUCAAAAAGUUCACAACCACAAUUGCACAAUUUCCACAUAAAUCAUUAUAAGAUCUAAAAAUUAAAAUACAAAAAAUUAAUAUUAACAACAGCAACAACAAAAACCCAGCAACUCACCCCACCCUGCCAAACAAUACCCCCCCCCCCCCAGAAAUCCAUUCAGAAGCCUCAGCUUUUGUAGCUGUAGUUGGUCAGGACCCUGCCGUCCCAAGCCAGGUGGAAAAGACUAACAAGGCAGGGAGCAGGUCUUCCAGGACUCACAGCCAAGAUGUUUGAAGUCUUUUAAAAUCACCCUCUAAAUAAGAGAACUGAAAAACAUUGAAAGUAACCACCAUUUUUUUUUUAAAAAAAAAGCCAUUUCAGAGUGGUUAACUUAAAUGUUUGUUCUGAUAAAUUGGUGGGAAGUGUUCGAAGACAGAGGUCCCCUAGCUGGGCCGGGACGAUAUGGGAUUGGGGGGCCAACUCCCAUCUCUUGUGGGGGCGCAAUUAGUGUCAGUGCCUUCUGUCAAGAGUUUGGGUGUAAUCCUCGAUGCCUCCCUUUGCAGGUGCAGGUUGCAGCUACAACAAAGGCAGCAUUUUUCCAUCACCGUGCUAAGCAGUUGGUCCUUUACCUCUCUAGCCCUGAUCUCGCCACUGUGAUGCAUGUGACGGUCACCUCCAGGCUUCAUUGUUGUAACUCACUCUAUGUGGGGCUGCCCUUUAAACUGACCCAGAAACUCCAGCGGGUGCAGAAUGCCGCGGCGCGACUCCUUACGAGGUCUUCGCUGCGGGAUCACAUUCAUCCAGUGCUAUACCAGCGGCACUGGCUCCCGGUGGAGUACAGGAUCAGGUUUAAGGUGCUGGUUUUAACCUUUAAAGCCCUAUACGGCCUAGGACCCUCGUAACUACGGGACCACCUCUCCUGGUACGCCCCACGGAGGACCUUAUGGUCUGCAAAUAAUAACACCUUGGGGAUCCCGGACCUCAGAGAGAUUAGGCUGGCCUCAAUCAUGGCCUUUUCGGCCUUGGCUCCGGCCUGGUAGAACGCUCUGCCACAAGAAAUCAGGGCCUGCAAGACCAAGUUGUUCCGCCAGGCCUUUGGUCAGGGCUCAGCCUGACUCUCCUUUUCUUUUUGAAUAUGUAUAAGAACGAAUAUUUGUAUAAGAACGAAUAUUCCAUUCUAGGAAUAGUUAUGAAAGGGAUAAAAAAAAAGUAUUCAUGCAAAUCUGUGGUGGAGGCACACAGGUAUGGUCUCCACUUCUCAAAAAAAAUAUUGUAGAACUAGAGGAGUAGUAGAAAAGGACAAUGAAAAUUAUCAGGGAGCUGGUGUAACUCCCCUAUGUGGAAAGGCUAUAAUGUUCGGGGCUAUUUCGUUUAGAAUAAUGAGUAAGGGGAGAGAAGGCAGAGGGAUAUAAAAUUAUGUAUGGUGUAAAGCAGGGGUGGCCAACUCCCAAGAGACUGCAAUCUACUCACAGAGUUAUAAACUGGCAGUGGGGGGUUCAGGUCAAAGCUUUUUUUAGGAAGGAAAGCCCUGUUUUUUGGGGGGUGCAGGGCAAAAAUGUCGAGCCAGUGAUCACAAUCUACCUGUUGAACGUGUCUUGUGUAAAGAAAUUAGAUGGAUAAAAACUUUUAUCCCUCGAUACAUUACAAUCUGAAUUGUAGAGUUGGGACCUCAAAUGUCAUCUAGUCCAACCCUCACAAUGCAGGAAUUUCUGCUAGAUCAUACAUGACAUAUCCUUUCCACAUGUACUAGAAUCAUAAAAGCAUAGACUUGUAGAGUUGGAAUGCACCAUGAGGGUCAUAUAGUCCAACCCCUUGCAAUGCAGGAGUCUUUUGCCCAACAUGGGGCUCGAACCCACAACUGGCUGAGCUAUCCCAGCAAAACUAUUGGCAAUCCAGCUAUCCCCCAUCUUAUAUUUAUACAGCUGGGUAUUCCUGCCUAAGUGUAGAAAUUUACAUUUGUCCCUAUUGAAAUUACUUUGGUUAGUUUUGGCCCAGUUCUGCAAUCUGUUAAGGUCAUCUUGAAUCUUGAUUCUGUCUUCAGUGGCAUUGGCUACCCCUCCCAGUUUGGUGUCUUCUUCAAAUUUGAUGAGCAUCCCCUCAAAACUUUCAUCCAGGUCGUUUAGAAAUACGUUGAACAACAACAUCCAAUGAGGGUGAAUGGUGGGAAAUUCAAGACAAAAGUAAAUACACCUUUGCAAAUGCCAGCACAUUUUCAGUUCAUGACAUGCCUGGUGUCCUGCCUCCAUCCCUUUCCUCCACACUCUCAGCUACAUAAUACCUCUAGUCAGUGCUUUUAUUCUGGGUGGACGCAGGGGGACACGUACCCCUAAACGUUUUGUGAAUCUAAGUUUGGCCUCAUUGAGGGGCAGUAUUUCAAUAUGAGUAGGAAAAUGAGAGUACCCCUAAACAUUUUUUUAGAAAAAAGUGCUGCCUCUAGUGCUAUAUGAUGCUUUAUAGCAGGCAUGUCCAACUCUCAAGAGACUGUGAUCUACUCCCAGUAUAAAAAAACUGGCAGUGAUCUACCCAUUGUCAUUGGAGGGAGGAGGAGCGUGUGUGGGGUGGGUGGAUUGCCCAGAGCUAUUGAACUUUUUUUAGGAGGGAAGUGCCCAGAGUUGUUGAGCUUUUUGGGGGGAGGAUUGCACAGAGUUUUUAAGCUUCCCCCCUAACUUUUUGUACACGAUAAGGAUCCCGCAAUCUGCCAGGGAUCUACCGGUAGAUCAUGAUCUACUGGUUCGACAUCUCUGCUUUAUAGUAAUCCAGAUGGGAAACUCUCAGAACAUGGAUCAUCACUAUGGCUAGGCUAACAUUGUCCAUGAACAGUUGCAGUGGGCAAACCAGCCAAAGCUGCCAAAAGACUCUAUGAGCCACUGAGACCACCUGGGCCACAAGUGACAGUGCUAGAUCAAGGAAUACCCCCAAGCUGCAUGACUGCUUUUUCAAGGAGGGUGCAGCCUCAUCCAGAGCAGGAUAAUCACCAGUGCCGCUUGUGUUUGUCAUUCAUUUUCUGAUGCCUUUCCAUAGAGUGUCACUUCGUCUCUCCUUGUGGAGGUGGUGAGACACUACUAGUCUAGGAGAGAAAAUUGGGUACAGAUGAGUGCAACCUCACACCCUUCUUCUCUUCUGCCUUGCAGCCUAAAUUAAAGAUUGGUUUACAGCGUGUUCCUUCAAUGAGAAUCACUUCUAAAUUUACUUCUUUAGGAUUGCAAUGGAGUGGAAAACCUCCAACCUAUGCCCUGCCAGGGGGUGAAGUUUGGCCCGUAAGGCCAUUUCCCCCAAACUCUGCCCGCUGAUGAUGUCAGCUAGGGCAGGGCUUCUUGCGUGUUCAGUGAAAGCAAGCAGACCUGAGUUUAUUCUUCAUCGCUGUGCAAUGCAGGCAUCAGCUGUAAUAGGGACUUCUCUGUCACACAGCGAUAAAGAAACAGGCACUUGUUUUUCAGUACUGUACUUUACUGUACCCUAAUACACCAAUGUGGUGUAGUGGUUAAGAGCAGUGGACUCGUAAUCUGGUGAACUGGGUUCGAUUCCCCGCUCCUCCACAUGCAGCUGCUGGGUGACCUUGAGUUAGUCACUCUUCUCUGAAGUCUCUCAGCCUCACUCACCUCACAUAGUGUUUGUUGUGGGGGAGGAAGGGAAAGGAGAUUGUUAACCACUUUGAGACUCCUUCGGGUAGUGAUAAAGCGGGAUAUCAAAUCCAAACUCUUCUUCUAACUUCUAACCAAAACUAUUGUUUUGGUUAUUUUAAUUUAAUAAUAUGAAACUAAAAUGGAAGCUUUUGUCUUGAUGGAGACCACUAAGAUCUUUGUACACACAACAUGUAAAAUAUACUUUAGUAAUUUUUCAUUUCCCCUUGAUUUCUUCUAGCUGAGGAGGAGGCAAAUGAAGAGGAUGUCUUAGGAGAAGAAACAGAGGUAAAUUAUAGUUUAGUGUAAGAAAGUUAUUUAAUUAUGUAGUUCAGUUAACUUGUAUUAUGUUCCAUCCUGAUCUUGGCUGAUCUUUAUCUUUUUGUUUUUGGUAAUAGGAUGCAUAGUGAUAAGGAUCCAUGUCACAAGUGUAUUUGAACUGUUCAUCAUUUGAACUAGUUUAAUUGAAAGCUCUUUUGGGUAAAUGUCUUUAGUAGGCAAUUGUUUAUAAAAUAUAUAAUUAGGAAUAUAUCUAGCACUGAUGUUAAAUGAUGCUCAUGAUUAGGAAGCCAUAGAGAAUAUAUUGAUUGUAGAAUUGGAGGUGUGCAACUGUGUUCAUUUGAGAUUUUUGAAUGAAGUGUCUGGUAACCAGCUGCAAAUCUUUAAUAAAAUAUGUACUUUUUGUCACUUGUAGAUGUAGAACUAGAAGGGUGACAUGUAAGGUCUUUUGCAUCCAAUACAGUUUUAUGAGGUGGAAGAGAGGAGCUUGUUUUCAAGUGAUUUUGCUGAGAUGGUUUAUAUGUGAAGAGCGAGCAAGGCUGUUGCAGGACGGAGGGGGUUUGCUGAAAUGCUCAGUGAUUCUAAGUAAUGUAUAUUCUGUGCUACAGUUUCCUGUACUGCAAAUGUACACAGUAAACGGUGGUUGAGUUUGAAUUUAUCAUUCUUCAUACAACUGUUGUUACUAUUUGUGAUUACUAAAAUAUUGCUUUCCUAAGAGAUUAGUUUUUAGCAAAAUGCAUAAAAAUGGGAAACCUGGGUUUGUAUUUUAUUAACUUUAAGGUUAAUUGAAGUUAUAAAAUAGUCAAGGAAUUGAAUGUUUGUUUAUUGCCACUGUGUCCCAGUACUAGUGUGGGAGUGCACACUGAAAUUACUUAGGGUUUCUUUCAUGAUUACAAAGCUUGUAUUUAAUUAAGGUUGCAAAAAACUGAAUCCAGCCUGCCAAUAGUCUGAAAGAGAAUGAAUUUUAAGUGGUAUUUUUAAGUUCAAGCAACACUGAGUAAUCACAUUUCUGAUUCCAGUUCUAGAUUAGUUUUUUGUUUUUGUUUGUCUUGUUUUUAGAAUGUAGACUGCUUAGUGAGUUAUUUGUGAAUCUUUUUUUAAAAGCAACAACAACCCAUAAAGUGCAAUGUAAUCUUGCGUGUCCCAGUUGCUUCACAAAAAUUCAAAUUAUUUGGAUGAUCAGGCUUAUAUAUACAGUAAACUUGAUUGCCGUUCAUGCUGACAUAAAAUACUGUACAUCUGGAUAACUGGGCAUUUUUCAUCACUGGGGCUUUGGAACACAUUUGUGCUCAGAAACAUUGAUGGUUUACACUAGUCCAAUAAAUAAACUAUGAUGCCCAUAAUUUGGACUUCACCCAAAGAGUAUUACAUUCAGUUCUAGAUUUAGCUGUCUAAAAGGCAUAAGAACCACCCCCUAACUAUUUACACAAAUAAGUACAAUUGCACAUGUAACUUUUACAAUUGUGCUCCACUGAUGCGCAAAAUGGUCGUGGCCUGUAUGUAAAUUUGCCCACAAGACUUUGCAAGGUUGAGAUUCUAUUCAUGUUUAAGGUCCCAUUGAACUCUGGUUCCUAUGUCCAAUAAGAUUUGCAUAGUAUCAGACGGUUAUCUGCAGUUCUCAUUAACAUCUUUUGUGAGACUUAUAUUCAUUUUGUUCUCUAGGUUUACCUCUCUCCUUUUGACUGUUUAUGUUGCAGGAGGAAGAACAGAAGCCCACAGAUGCUCCUAUCAAAGAGGAAGUAGCUAUUGAGAAAUCAACUGAAGUGUAAUUAUCUACCCUUCAUAAGCUAGAACGUAUUGGUCAAACAUUAGUGUGUUUGUUUACCUUCAGUAUUUGUGUGCCACCUGACCACUGAGACUUUGUCAUUAUAUGAAUCUGUAACUCUAUAGAUGAAUGGAUGACUAGUGGUGGCUAGGGAUUACAUGUUGAAUACUUUGGCUUUUUUGGAAAUCACAAACCAGAAGGCUAGCUAAAAGUUAAAAUUAAAUGUAGACCCUUUUGGAAUUGACAAAGUCCCAUAUUCUUUUAUAGAACAUCGAAGCUAUUGGACAUCUUUGCAUGUAGGGAUUUACUCUAUCAUCCUUGAGCCAAAUGUCUAUGGCAAUCCAACCUCAAAAUCUCUUAAGGCUAUAUAUAUUUUGAACUUAAUAAAGAAGUAAGAAUUUUUCACCAAUAUAAUAAAAAUGUUGCACCAUGGAAAGCUCAAUUUUGUAACCUAAGUAGUUUUACCAUAUCUCUCCCUCCACCCCCGGAAUGGCAUUAGCUCCCUUGUCUCUUGUCAGUAUAUUGUCUUUCUCUCUCUCUCUUAACAGAGAAUCUCACAUUCGGUUCUUGUUAGCCUUUGUAGGUGUAAGAAGAACUGUUAGAGCCAUCUUGGCGUUAGUAAAGACAAAGCAAAAGUACACAGUUUAGCUUGCAAAGCUCAUUCUCAUUCCACAUCAAGGAAUAGGCAAGUUGUAAAAAAGAAAAGGGCCACCUGUGUCAACGACAUGCUUUAAAGGCUAAAAUAGAGAAGCAAAUUGCCCAUUUGUCCCUUGUGCCAUUCAUCAGCUAAACAUUUGAAGGGGUAUGCAGCCUACUCCUGACCCUCAUGCACACAAACUGUGCAGGGAAAAGAGGUCAAGGAGGGUGAACUACCACCGCCCCUAGCAAUUACGCUGCAUCUCCUAACGGAUUGUCUCACAUUUUGAGAUGCGUGGUUUUAAGAUAGAUAAAAUGUAGCAGGCCUGUGUGUUUCAUGAGCAGAUCCCAUAUCCUUGCUCUUCUAGCUGCUUUCAGCUUCCUUAUCAGACUGAACCAGAUGCACAAGGAUUUCUUGAUAUAGUAAUUGCAUGCAGUGGCCUGAAUUACCUGAGGGCACAGUUUUCACAUUCGCUAGGUUUAUUUCUUUAUUAAUUGUUUGGAAUAUUUUCACUUCGCUUUUCAUCCCCGUAGCGCUCUCAAGGCAGCUUACAGAGAAAAGAUAAUAAAACAACUUAUUGAACCAGCAAAACCCUUUGUAACAAAAGUAUUUUGUUCUCAAUUAUUAGAAGGUAAUUAGAAUAAAGUACUCUAAUUGUCCCAAUUCAUAUUUAGACCUUUUUCUGGCUAAUUCUUCCAGCUGUAGAAAUUAGGUACAUUUUUAUCAUUUUUAUCAGAUGGCAAAAUAGAGCUGAGGAGAAGACAAGUGAUUGUUUGGGAGAAUAAGGUUCUGCUACCUUAAUUUGCAUUAUGGAGGUCCCUGCUCUAUUUUAUGUAUACGUUGUACCUUUCUUGGCAGCAAAGUCAUUGGAAUGUAGAAGCACUGAAUUCAGUGGGGCUCACCCACAGAUAACACGUUAGGAUUGUAGUCUUAGUAGCUUGAAUAUUUUAUGCCAGUGGCGUUUGUGCAUAAUGUGAAAGGGUGAGUACAGUUCUAAGGGAAUAAGUUCUUAGUUCAAGCUAUGGCUGUACUCAUGGUGCAAUGAGAAAAAAUUAUCUGGAUCAUUGCCUUCAUUUUCUAUGCAAAUAUAUGUGAAAAUUCCUAUUGAAUGAAAAUUACAAGCUUGAGUUUCUAACCAUCAUUCCCAUAAAUAUCAGUCAGAUGUUGCUAUCUGCCCUAUAUUUAUUGGGAUUUUUGAUUUGAAUGACUGUUGUUGCAGCAUAUUAUUACAUAACCCUGAUCUAUUAGCAAUUAGUAGCAACCCAAAAAGCAUACAAUUUGACCAAAUCCUACGCUGUACAGCUGAAUUUUCAGUUUGGAGACCACGAUUAUGUGAAUUUUAGUGUAGUGGCUGUUCCUAGGCAGCAGGGGGUGCCCUUUCUCCGCAUCACAAACAGAAGGCAGCAAACAGUGCUGCAGGGGUAACAAGUCCCUGGUUCCUGUUCUGAAUUGCUUCCUGUGAAAAAGUCAUUAAACCAUUACUACCUUUCAGGGCAUAAAAUAGAAAAACUGUCCAGGAAUUCUGAACAAAAGCCAUCCAUUUCUCUAAAUGGGAGACCUUAAUGAGUCAGGCUAUGACCCACUGUUUUAUGGGAGCUGUUUGGAGGAGGAGGAUGCUGUUUCAUUUAGCCUGGGAACUUCCGAACUUUGCAUCUUCUUCCUUUGUUUUCUUUUGCAAACCUCAACCCUGUUUUCAGAGCAUAAACUUCCAAGCACGCCCACUCCAUUAUAUUUUUGUUUGAGUUGUUUACUGGCUCCCAUUGCACAUUGUUAAAGAAGUGUGUGUUUGAAAUGGAGCUAUAGCUGACCUGGCCAAAAGUCAACCAUAGCUGUCCCAUGAACUACAACACAGCAGUCCCUUUGUGAAUAUGUGGUCAUAAAAGAAUAAAGAUCUGACGCCAUAUAGCAUAAGCUUGAGGUUUCUGGUUGGGGUUGACUGUUCAUCGUAAGUGGUUUAUACCGGUUAUACUAUGCGAAUGAUUACAUGCUAAAUAGGACCUCAUUUAUCUAACUGGUGUAGAACGCAUCCAACUAUUUGAAUAUGCAAUUCGAACUUCAGAUAAAGAGUCCAGUUUACAUUGGCAUGUGAGAGAGACAGUGAGUCUGGAGUUCUGUAAUGUCUCAUGGUUCGUCAUCUUCAUACUUUGCCUAUUCCUUUUAUUCUUCCUAUCCUUUCAAGUUGAAUGACAUCUGUUUCAUACAGAGUUGAAGAUAAUUUCAUUCUUUUCAAGGUUGUACAGAUAAUUGGGGUUUAAACAGAGGCUAAAUAUGAGGAUUGUCACCAUACAAGCAGAAAAUGACUACCAAGCUCCACAUUUGUUCCAUUGGUCCUGCACCUUGCUAGAGCAGAGAUGAAACCCAUGAGUUGAUUAAAGGUUUGCCCUUAUCAAGACAGCAUACUUUCCUUUACACAGUCAAAUUCUUUCCUUUGUACCCCCGGUUCUCUUUAUAAUAUAUAUCCAUGCAUACAUUAAUUGACUCAUGGAGUACUAUGUGAACUGCAGACUUGUUCAGUUUCAUCACAUGCUGUUACUGUUGCCUGUCUCUUCCUGGUUAGAAACUACAGUGGUGCCUCGCAAGACGAAAUUAAUCCGUUCCGCGAGUCUCUUCGUCUUGCGGUUUUUUCGUCUUGCGAAGCACGGCUAUUAGCGGCUUAGCGGCCAUUAACGGCUUAGCAGCUUUAAGAAAAAGGAAACAAACUCGCAAGAUGUUUCGUCUUGCGAAGCAAGCCCAUAGGGAAAUUCGUCUUGCGGAACGACUCAAAAAACGGAAAACUCUUUCGUCUAGCGAGUUUUUCGUCUUGCGAGGCAUUCGUCUUGCGGGGCACCACUGUAUAUAGUCUGUAAGCAAUCAUGUUUCUUGUUGGUUUCUGAGCAUGUACAAAAUUUAAAUUAACAAACUGGCUGACCAUCCACCAGGCCAUUAGACACACAGAUCCCAUUUAGUGAUUUCAUCUUUUAUUCCAUCUUCAAAUCUAAUUUUUUACAAUGUAUUUUGUAUCAUUUUCCUGUUACUUAGGUCUCAUUCAAUAUAUAUGUAUGUUUCUACAUAUAUUUUACAAAUUCCAAAAUAACUUGUUAUCAUAUCAGUUAAUGCAAUAUGCAACUUUCCCUAAUCUUACCUUCAGUUGAUACUACAUUUUCCAGGGUUUCUUUGCCAAUGUAAUUUCCUUCUAAAUCCCUACAUUUAUCUUAAAGAAAAUAUUAUUUAUGACCACAUAAAAUUAAUUCUGAGGAAGUUUGGAUUUCAUAAUCAAUUAUCUCUUAUUCCACUCCCCCAUCCCACCCAAUUUUUAAAUUUUAUUAAUCAGUACCACCAGAUGCUGAUUUUUAAUGUCUCCUUAUCCUGGUAUUGCCAGCAUUUCGCUGAAUUGUGUCAAUAUAGCUUCCUAUUUUUUUAAAGCAGUGUAUUAUUGAAGUAGAGCACUUCUUAUUAAAAUAGUGUUUACUGAGCAUUUUUCAAAUAUAAAUUAUUGUUACACUGACAACAGCUUUAGGGAAGACAGGACAGACUUCUGGAGCUCAAACAGAAACUGCAGUCAUAGUCAAAUGUCCUUCAAGAACCACUUGCAGGAAAUAGUUCAGGCUUGGCUACAGAUUAAACUGUUGAAAAUAGACAUAGUUGAUAUGUUAUUUAUGCUUCAGUCUGUCAAUUUAUCUUCCUCUAGAGGUGCAGAGAAGAAGGUGGUGAAAAUUGCCUCAGAAAUUCCACAAACGGAGGUAAGGUUUUCUCUUUUUUCAGUUAUUUUCAUCUGAGUUUAACAACUAGGCUCCCACAUUUGGAAAUAGUGUUCUGUCUCCAGCAUAAUUUUAGCACAUGUAGCUCAGAUUCGGCCAGUGUUUUAUAGUGUAUGUUACUGAGUUUUUCUUUUUCUAGUCUGCUGUUGGUCUGCUAUUACCAGGUUGUUCACCUUCCCUUCCUCUCUCCUCUGCUUUUGGGCACUAGAAAGAGAUAUUGGGAGCAUCUGCUUCCCAUUGUAAACAAACCACAGUUCUCACAAAGCAUAGUUUAAACAAAACACAGUUCCUGGAGUUCAGCCAUCAUGGAGAAUUUUGGCUUGUUUACUGUGGAAAGAUGGGGAACGGGGACUGCUUGAGCCAUUUUACAUAGCAGGAAGCAAUAUCCCCCCCCCCAUUUCCUCUGAACUGCUUCUGUAUAAUAAAGUCAUAGGUGCAUUCACAUUAACACUAAGCCAUAUAUUAGUGCUAUGUAGUUGAGCCCAAGUAUGUUUCUCUCCUUCCCCUGCUUUUACAUGACGAGGAGGAGGACUUCAGCAAAGUUUAGCUUUACUUUUAAAGAACCUGGGCUUAAUAUUACAUUUGAACCAGGGAUUCUUAUUUGAAACAGACUCUUGUAAGUUCUUAACCAGCUUCAGACCAUAGGCUAUGAAGUUGGUUUGUUCAACUAACUGUUUAGCUUAAACCAGGGUUCUUGGUUCAAAUGUAAUGUUAAAAAGUGAAAUAAACUCUGCUGAAGUCAUCUUUCUGGCCAUGAAGGAAGAGGAGAGGGUUGAGGGAAACAUGUAAACCUUACACCAUGCUUGGGUUUGUACAGGCUAAGCCAUGGUCCAGCACAGCAGUAGCCAACACUGUGCCGGCCAGAAAUUGUGUACUGCAACUCUGAUCGAUCCUGGCACUAUAUUGGCUACCCCUUGUGCUAAGCUAUCAGAGAGUUGGAAGGAGGGACUUUGAUCACUGCAGAUGGUGACAGCAGUCACGAAAUUAAAAGACACCUGCUUCUUGGGAGAAAAGCAAUGACAAACCUAGACAGCAUCUUAAAAAGCAGAGACAUCACCUUGCCAACAAAGGUCUGUAUAGUUAAAGCUAUGGUUUUCCCAGUAGUGAUGUAUGGAAGUGAGAGCUGGACCAUAAAGAAGGCUGAUCGCCAAAGAAUGGGGUCACGAAGAGUCGGGCACGACUAAACGACUAAACAACAAGUCUAAUCUCCUGCCAAUGCAGGAAUCCCCUACUAUUGCAUCACUGAUAAGCAGCUUUCCCCACUUCUGCCUAAAAACUGAAAAAGUUAGCUUUGGAUUCAGUAGUUGUAGUUUGUACUGUGUCUUAUUAGCCUUAAUUCUCCUAUGCCACAUAUAUCUGUUGCUGUAGUCUCUAUUAGCUUUAUGAUGUGUAGCUCUAUUGCAAUUAGUAAAUGAAUACAGCCUGUGUUAUCUUUUGGCUUGCAUUGGCAAGAGAGAUCACUAGACCAGUUUUGGAGAACUGAUUACUUAUUAUUUCGCAGUGUGAGAUGAAAUGUAUUUGCUAUGCCUCCAUAUCUGCCCUUCAAAUUGUUCUCUUCUCAUUCUGUGGCUCUUUCUCCACACUCGCCUUAGGAACCACUUCCAACAUUAAAGGAGAUAUGGACACGUCUGUAAUCUGUCUCUUAUACAGAGUUUGGCCUUCUUCUAAGGGAGCAAAGGGUUCUGUGGUUAAACCUGGCAUACACUUUCUCUCUUACAUCUGUUUGGCUUCCUUAAUCCUUUAUUUUCAUCACUUUCCACUGCGCUCUCUCUAACUGAGGAAGCUGAUAUGAAAACACAAGUCUGUCUCCCUGCUGUUCAACUGUCACCUUCAAGAUCUAAUCUGCCUGUAAGCUGACCACAGCAAUUGAGGACUGAUGUCACAAAUCAUGGAUUAUUACUUUGGUAGGGCAAGUAACCAGAAACAAUAAAUAGAAAAUUAUCUGAAAUGGAGCUGGUACUGAAAGAGUGACGUCUUCUAAACUUUGUGGGAAGCCUUCAUCAAGGGAUCAUUAAAUUAUUCUACUUGCGUCUUCUCUUGCUCCCUCUGCUUUCGAUUUGCAAGUCUGCCAAACUCCAUUCUUUCUCAAAUCCCUUGAUGUUUCAUGAAACUUUUAAACUUUAUAAUGUAAAUACCUUCCAGACUCAAUUGACGUACCUAAUGUAUCAUGACCUUCUCAGAGCAACAGGGUUUUAUUUUCAGCACUGUCAUUAAGGGUGCUGCACUUGAACUGCUUUCAGGUCACAUAAGGAAUUGAGAUUCUUCUCAACUUGUAGAAAACCUCACUUUAGUGAACAAGUUUACUGUUUGCAAGAAUUAGCAAUGGGUUGUGCUGUCCAAUGAAGGGUUCGUGCAUUUCUUAGGUUGACAGUAGGUUAUACCAUGAACUGUUUUAAUUUGAUUGUCAUAGAUAUGUUGCUGCAUCUAUGAAGCUUUUAGCCAUUAGGAAUGAAGCUAUCUUCUAUUCAUGCAGAAAUACUUUAUAUGUUGGGCUUUCUGCAUGUUUCAUACAGUUAUUUAUUGUAAGUAACUGUAUUUCUAUGUCUGAUCAUCUUUCAUUUAUGCCACAAAUGAACGCACAUUGAAUCAUGUGUUCCAUGCAAAAUUAUUUAUUUGUGAAAAGUAGCCUUUUUAUGAGCCUAUGACAGCAAAUGUUCUUGGACUCCUGCCAUGUUCUGUAAAACAAUUUUGCUUUUCAUUUGUAAGAGAGAUUUUAUCUUAACUUCUGAUGAAGUUCUGUUUUGCAUGUUUCCGGAUCAGCUGUGAUCUGUUUGAGCUGUCACUUGCUUUCUGCAGCUAGGUGGGGAAAUAAGUUGCUCAUUUUGUAUUCAUGCCGGGGCUGCUAUUCCUGUGACUUCUGGGCAGAGCUUUUUCUGGUUGAAAUGUGCAACAUUACUGCCAACAUCUAUUUCAGCUGCCCUGGUUUGUGUAUGUGUCUGAAGCAGGUACACAUUUCCCUUCAUAGUAGCUAAGACAGAAGUAGCCAAUACAGCCUUCUUCUGAUGAUGCUCAACUCCUAACAGCCCCAGCCAACAUGGUGAAUUUAAUGGAUGAUGGUAGUUGUAAUCCUGCAACAUCUGUGGGACACCACGUUGGCGACCUCUGAGCUAAACGUUCUUCUAAAUACCGAUGGCUGUAGCAAAGGGCAUGAGGUUACAUACCAUAUAUUGUGUUGGCUAAUGAGAAACCGGGCUUCUGAACAGAAGCAUGCCUACUGGAACAGCCAUUUGCACUAUUCCGUCUCUCUCUUGUUAAGGGAUUGGCGCUGUAUUCUUGGUAGUUUAAAAUUUCGCCUACCUCAAUAUGCUCUUAGCAACAAAGAUGGAUCAUUUCAUAUCUACCAACAGAAACACAGGCUUACUGGGUGUUUACCACUUAUUCUGUGUCCAUAUUGUCAGAGUUGUCAUAACCUCUGGCUCGUUAAAACAUGUUGAUUGUUGCAUCAGGAGAAACAGUCAGAGAUUCUCAAGUAGAGAUAGGAAAUAGAAGUUGAUAGUCUCAGUGUUUGGAUGGACCUGGUGGUGUCUCACCACAACAAUUGCCCUGCUUCCAUAGCAUCUUUUCUUCCAAAUCUUGGAAUAAGCAGGAGAUUGAAAAGUUUAAUAGAUAGUUGCAGGUGGGAAUAUACUUAUGACUACUCAUAAAUCUGGAACAAAAUACAUUGUUUUUCUAUAUUGCCUACCAUACUUGUAUUCUUUAUCUUCUACUUUAGAGAAUGCAGAAACGGGCAGAGAGAUUCAAUGUACCUGUGAGUUUGGAGAGUAAGAAGGCUGCACGAGCAGCUCGGUAAGUCUUUAUUUAUUGUCAUUAUUUGUUUUCUGUGGCUGCUUUUUAACCAUUGUGCAGAUCAAAGUUUAUUAGAGAUGCAUUGUGCAACUGACAUGUUCUAGUUGUCUGCAGUGACUACCUUUGGAAUUUGAGUUGUGGGUAACCAAAAAUGGCUUCAUUGCUUUGUAGAGAUGCUUGCUUGAACCCUGAAAACUUUGCAUGGCUUAAAAAGAAUUUCACAGUUGUCCUCAUACUUCCAUAGCCUAUCCAGAGUAUUAAAUCUUAGUCUUUCUUCUAAGAGAAACUGUUUCAUAGACUAAGUAACAAUAGAAGAUAGAAAGGGAAUGGGGAAAUAUCCAAGAUAAUAUUUUAGAAAAACAAAAACAGGGCGUAGUAGACUUCUCUCAUAAUGUCCUUUUCCAGGUAGAAGUCUGUCUCCCCCCAGAAGAUGUCAAAAUUACCAUAAAAUCUAUGAACAACUGGUUGUAUGGUCAGUUCUUUUCACAUGCUUUGAAAUGUUAAGACAAAUAAAUGAGACAAAUUAUUAUUAUCAUAAAUUAAGUAAUAUCCCAUGUUUUCACUUCUGUGCUGCUAUUCAUGAGCAACACAAAUGGUCGUGAAAGGGAUUAAAAAAUGAGGAAAAUACCAUACACAGGUGUGUUUAACCUUACCAUCUGCUGAUACGAUACCUUGCUCUUUAUAUCAAGAAAAGUACAUUGAAGACUUGUGAAAGAUCCAGAGCUUUAAACAUCCAAUUAUUAAACAAUGUGUAAUGGCAAAUAAGAAUAACCUACAAGGAAGAAUAACCCACAAUUUCCCUUUUGGACCAUCUGUUCUGCUUGAUUGGUGAUUAUCUUGUGAACAAGGCAGAAAUGCUAUGUAGAUCCAACUUUGUUUGCUGAUCUGAUUCAAUCUAGUAGUCUAGGUAUGUCAUGUAUUAAAAUUGUUUUCUAAUCUAUGUCAUGGUUUAGAGACCCAAAACCUCAGAGUCCCUAACCAGGGUUUCUCUCUUCUCCACAGGUUUGGUAUGCCUGCAGCUUCAACUAAAGGUAUGUGAUUCUUGAAGCGGUAUCUCAUAUUUUUGCCUUCCUUUGAAUGAUUGUGACCAUUUUUCUUCCAUGCUGUAAAAACAGGGUUGAAAAUGAGGUUUCAUUGUCUUUGUACCCUUACAAAUACAUUAGCAACAUGGUUCCAGCCAUGGUUAUUCACUGGAUUUUUAAUCUCCUUGCAAGAUCCUCUUGCUGAUAAAUUAAUAUAACUUAAUCUUUUUUAUGGAAUUACAUAGCAAAUCCCAGAAUAACCUGGAUUUGGAAAUACCAUGUUUUUACUAAACCACUAGAAAUCCAACCUGUGGCAUCAUUAUGAACUAAAUGCGAUGGAUUCUGCAGGUCUCUGAAGGGCCAAAGCAAGGACCAAAAGCUGUAGAUGCAAGUGACAAAAUUAUUAUUUCUCCCAGUGCUUAACUCUGGAUUAACAAUUAGAAUGAAUGUUUGUAUUUCUGUUAGAGGAUAAAUCAUUUUAGAAUUAAGGUGGUAACACAUAGUACCUGCAUGGACUUUCUAGAGAGUUGGUGUAGGCCACAGAACAUGGCAGACCCCUGAUGUAGUAACUGGCAGAUACUAAAAGUCCCACUGAGCUCAGUGAGGCUUGUACUUUGGUACCUGGAUAUAGGACUAGAAUCUUUAAAAAGUUCACAGAGAGAAAGCUUCCUUCCCAUCCCAUUUUGUUCAGGUGGGUCUCCCCAAGCUUCCUUGAGAAGCUUUUCGGAGAUUGCAGGAAAGAGGAGAGAACAGGAAACAUUUAUUCUGCUAAUGCCCUAUUAAUUUUGGAAUCUAAGCCAUUAUAUUUUCUAGUAAAAAUUUCCACUUCAAGCAUCUUUUGAGUCUCUUUUGGCUUUAAGACCAUUACUUUUAUUCUAACCACUUUUUAAAUUUACUAUUUAGGCAGUCGGAAGAAAGCUUGAUUCAAAUAUGAUAAUUUAAAAUGGUUUUUGUUCCCUAUUUCAGGUCUUGUGACAGAAAGUAAGACUACAGUAAGUAGCUACUUUGCUUACAGUUAAAGCUGGCUUGGUUUUACAAUGGUACUUCAUUCAUUAAAACUUGCUAGUGAAUCCACCGGGGGGGGGGGGACUGACAGACAAAAACAGUAUCUGAAAACUAUGCUCUUUAGUGAGUGGGCGCCUCAAGACAAGCAUAUAAUUUUUAUUUGGAUCCAGUUCUUUGAAAUAUUUUGCUUUCUUUUUUCACUUUUUGUGGUUCUUUGGUGCCUAAUGGAGUAGAAGAUGAGAUGCAUACUGUAUGUCUAUUGUGUUCUUUAUUCCAUUGCUAAAAGCAAUUCUAUCGUAUUAGGAAAUCAGGCAUAUUAAUUGGUUUUCUUCCACGUACAACUUCAGAUUCUGUUCUAGUUCAAAGGUACUAAACCAGGCAAGAAGCCUUGCUGGUUUCGCCCCCCCCCCCCCAUUUUUCCUUCUCCUUGGCUUCCCCAUAUUCAUUCUGCCACAAAGUCCAUAUCCAACAGAUCUGUCCAUUCUUUUUUGGUCUGUCAGAUGAAAAACUGGUUCAUUCUCUGGUUGCCUCCUCCAUUAACUACUGCUAAUUUGUUCUAUUUGACCUUGCUUUGUCACAUCUCUGUAUCUAAAAAGCUGUUGCCCAAAUUCAUUUCUUCACUUCUCUUUUUAUUAAGUUAUAUGACACAUCUACUCAAAUACCUUCAAUCACUUCCUCCCCCCCCCAUUCUGCACCAGUGCCUUGCCAUUGCCAUCAAACGUAACAGAUUUGCCUCAUCUUGUGUUUCUGCUGGCACAUCUUUGCUUAUGACCUUCGUUUACAACAGUCAGUUCUUGAAAAGUCUUUAUUUUCUUUCAUGUGUCUCUUCACUUUCUCCCUUACCUCUAUGCCUGGAAGUUGCUCCUUCCCACUGCCACCUCUCCACCACUACCUUCCCUCCCCUUCAAGCUUCUUUCCUCUGUGAAGCUUUUGGCUUAACCCUAUAGUUGUCACUUCCAGCCAAAAUGAUUUCUAAGUGUGGGCAUUUGUUCAUAUUCAUCCUCCGAUAAGACAUGUCUCUUCUAUUGUCAAAAUUUAGAUUGUCAAUUCUUUGAGAUAGGAGCCUGACUCCUUUUGACUUAUUAAUCUACAACACAGCUACACUUUUAGAACGUGUUGCUUAUGUUACUUUGCAAAGCACUGUGUGCACUACUGAUAAUAGUAUUAAGAACAAAGGGCUAGUUGCCCUGCUAAUUUAGGCAGUGUUUCUUGAGGAUCGUUCUAGUAGAACAAAUGCUAGUUUCAGUCUUCUGUUCUGCUGCUUACUUGGGAAGUACUUUGACAAUAUGAUGAAGCAGAUUCCCACCUAAAGAUUCCAGGGUCCCCCAUAGUAUAAAUCUUUGCAAUAUAUGCUCAUUUAGCAACUAUUAGAUAUUCCUCAUAAAGGAUGCUAUGUUGCUUGAAAUAGCUUUAAGGGAACUGGGCAAAACUUCCCUAAUGUAAAUUUCUUGGCCAAAUUAGGACUGAAACGGAAUGUAGAGAACUUUUUAAAAAAAGAGUUUUAUCACACCCACACCCAAAAAAGAAAAGUCUGUUUCAGUUAUUUUUGAAACGGGCAAUCAAGCAGGGGUGCAGAUUGGCCUCCUUUAAAGUUGGCAACCGCAGACUUGCAACUUUAUCUGCAGGGCUGCCACUACACCCCAUAGCAAUUUGCUAAGAGAGGAGAAUGACACUGCUGCCUGUCAUGUCCUUAAAAGUGCUGUUGUAGCACUUUAAAAGAAUUGAUCUGCAAAACAGUGCCCAGCAAGAUUCCUUCUUGCCUCCCAGUGAGAACUUUGCCAAGAGAAAGAGACGGAUCCCAAUUUUACAGAGAAUUUCUUGCUCCCCAAUAUGUCACUGGGGGGGACGGGACACAACGCAAGCUGCUAAAACAUUCAGCUCAUGCCAAGUGCUUCUUAAUUCUGAAUGUAAUUAGACAUGGCAUCUUCUCAAAUCUGAGAUGGUGCUGAAAUUUGGUGAAAAUAUAUAUUUUCUCUUUGAUACUUUCCUGUGUUUAUCUUUAAGAGUUGAAUGGUAUAUACAUAUUGCUAUAGAGUUCAAAAUGCAAAUCAGAUCCCCCCCCAAAAACACAAUACAUUAAACAUGAUUUAUUGAAGAUACACAAAACACAAUUGACUUGGCAACAACAGAUGUGAUGGCUCCAUUUUUACUGUUGUCAACACAUUUUAAAAUAGAAGAAUCAGUCUUCUUUAAAAUCCCUCUACUAAAACACUAGCACAAAUCCUUCUUAAAAGCAGUUUGCAGUAAAAUUCUGAACUUCUGGAUGCCAUCUUCUUAUUCUCCUUCCCUCUGUAAUUGGUAAGAGGGGUUGCUGCAGUAUAGAAAGAGGAUUUUUAUUAGGGUUAAGCAAAUCCAUCAAUACAAACACUAAAUUUCAGAUCUCUUCCAUUUUCCUUGGCAUAAGUGCAUAUUGUCUUUAGGAUUCCUUAAUCUAAGAAUAUGAGUGGAGAUUAUAUUAAACUGUUUCCUGUGACUUUUCUAGGUAAAUAUAGACAAAUUAAAGGAAAGGGCUCAGAGAUUUGGCUUGAAUGUCUCCACAGCCUCCAAAAAGGUAAGGUUCCAGGGCAAGCACUACUAGAGCAAUAAAUAUUUGAAAAAUUGAAAAACUGCAGCAUAUAUAUCACUUAAUCCUGUAAUCCUACUUGUUUUAUCUUACUUGCUUUGAUGAAACUUCCUGGUCGAUCAAGGAUCUUAAUCUCCCCUAUCAUCAGACUAUCUCCGAGCCCAAUUUAUAGAAUUAAAGGGUUUGUGUUAAGAGAUCAUGCAGCAGUGCUUUAUUGCUGAAUUAGGAACAUAUGGCUUUCUAAUUUCUUUCUUUCUUUUUUUUAGCAUAGAUUUCUUACUAAUUUUGGGGUAAUAUUACUUGGGACCAGUCCUUUUAGAACAGAAUAACUGAAAUGUUCACUUGUGGAGGCUACCCACAGUGUUGCAGAAAGCUUUCCAAUUUAGAUUUCACCCAAACAUCUGGACUGUACCACUUCAGAUUGCUGGAGGGUUUCUACAGACAGAAAGCUAAUACAACAAGGAGAAGGCUAAGCUAGAACCCUUCUCACUACUAUCUAAUUUUUUGUGUGGAAAGCUUAUUUAACUUAUUUUAAUUUCCGCAUCUGGGAAUAUUCAGUCAUAUGAUUCCCAGCUCCUGCAGUGCACCCCAAGCAGCUUUAGCACAUAGUGAGAACUAAGCUCUAGUUCUGUGUGGUUCUGGGUUCUAUCUGCCACCGAGUUCAGGACCCAGCAUUCCCAAUAUUGACUUGGGUUCAUUAUGCUUCCAAUAAAGGAAGCAUAAUGUCUGGAAAAAGUUAGCAUCAGUUCAAUGGUGGCCAGAAAUCCUUCAGCAGAAAUUGUUAGAACAGGUGAUGUUGCUAAAAUCUUUCCCAAAUAAUUUUCUGCGUUACAGAUGAGAGACAUGAGGAAAGGGAGGGGGCGUAUCUAGAUCUGGAAACUGAUAUUAGGCUGGGCUGUUACUCUCUGUGGGCCUGAAAGCUGCUGACAGUUCUCCAGUUCAGUACCACCAUAGAAGAAAACAGGAUUUGGGAAUGGGGGGGAGGGGAGAGAGAAUGCUGUAUAUUGAUUAUUUCAGACUUGGAAAUAUUCUUCUGGAAAAAGCCUCGUGAAUGAGGAAGGCUGUCAUUUUGUCUUAACCCCUUACCAGAUAAACUAUUCCAUCCCUCGUGGGAUUUGCACAUUUAAUGCAUUCCGUUCUGCAGUAAGGCACUAAACCUGGCACCAGGGGGUUAAACCAUGUAGAAAAUAACUAGAGGUGGAGGCCAUUUUCCUCCCCACCCUCUGCUCUGGGGGAAGGGUGAAAUCAUGCAAGUGCAUUAAAGCUGGAAUAUGUGGAGGGGCAGGUCAGGGUGAGAGGCUGCUCAAACAUCAUUAACCCUGUCACCAGGAGUGCACAUUUUUCAGGAAGAAUAUAUGCUUUGUCAGCAUUUAUGGCCAAGUUUCCUUUUGAGCGGAAUUGUUUAGAUGACGAUUCAUAAGAAUUGUAAGCUCUCUCUAAAGAGCUUCCCACAACUAUUCCCUGUUCAGUACUUGACAAAAUAAAAGUGCUAAACAUUAAUUUGAAUGCUCUUAAAGAAUACAAACGAAGCUAGCUUCAUCAGAGAAUUGAUCCUCUUUAUACACGGGGAGAAAAUACCAAUAGGAGAAUGGCAUAUCCAAGGUCAGAAAUUGAUUGCUAAGUUCGGUCUGGAAAUCUAUGUUUCUGUGCAUCUGUAUUCUUUAAACACUAACAUUUUGUCUCCAGUUCUGGUUUUCCUUGCAUAUAUGAGGCAGAGUGACAAGCAAUAACAUUAUGAUGAUUUGUCUUGAGAUUUGUUGUGAUCUUCUAUUAGGAAGUAGAGUUCAGAGGCUUAGAAGUGUUUUCUCUCUCUCUCUGAAGAGCACUCGUGAAUUCUAUUGAGGAAUAUUGUUGGUUGCUUCAAUUAGGCACUGGUAUUGUGUUUCCCACCUGGGUGUUCUUUAUAGCUUUUCAUUACAGAGUAGCCUGGUUGCAUGGGUCUUUGCAGAUUUUUAACACCACGCAUUGCAGCAAAAACUUUACAGUAAACCAUUGUCUCUGGAGCCACAUUUCAUUUCCCAUUCAAAUUGGUUUUGAACAAGAGAGGUGGGGGAAGAGGAAUAUAGCCAAGGGCAAUUUCAAGCCUGCUGGGAUCAGGGGAGCAAACCUAGAUCUGAGUAAGAGGCUCUCCAUCUAAUCUGUCGCUUUGAACCCACUGCCACUGUAGAAUCUAUUCUGUUAAAAACAUCUCUUCCUAAAAGAUAACAAAGCUCCUACUAGUACAGUAGAAUAGAGGUGGUGACUGUCGCUGUCUAGUAUAAUAGAUGUGGCAGGUGCUCGCUUGUUUUUUCUGUCAGCACGGAGCCAUCAAAUUAAUUUUUAAAAUAAAUCAAGAAAGCAUUUUCCUCUCCAGAACUAAUCACACCCCCUCCCCAUGCUCUCAAGGGAAGCCUCCUUUUAAAAUUUACCCUCUGACCUGAGGCUGCUAUCCCUUGAUUUCUGCAAGUUACACUUAAACUGCUCCCUUCCCUUGUAAAUUUCCCCUCUGUAGCAGCUGCUCCCUGUACCACUCUGAACCUCUGGCUUCCCAGUGGGAGAGCUGAUAGCUGCAGGCUUCAGUGUUGCAGAAGGCUGAGCGGGUUGCUUGCAUCGUAACGCAAAAGCGCAUUCUCAGAGGGCUUGCUUUUUCUUUUUAUGCGUGAAACAAGGUUGUAGGUAUCCAGCAGAGAGAGUAUUACCACAAAACAGAAGCUUGGGGCUCUUUCAGAGAGCCUUUGGCUUAGCAUAAAUGUUCCUUUCUGCAUUGCAUUAUUUGGUGCCAUUCCCAGUCGGAACAGAUGACUAAAAUAAUUUGUGCUUCACAUUAGCUAAUGUAAGGGUCUUGUUCUGUUUUACAAGUAGCUAAUUAACCUGCAGCCUGUCAGAGGUUUGAGCUAGGGAGGUAAAGUACCAGCACGUCAAAGUCACACUGCAAAUGGAGCAAAAAUUGCAAGGAUCAAACCUCAAACACAUUAGCACCAGCUUCUCCCAACUCUCAAAUGUGCGUUUUAAGUCGAAAAGUUGAAACUUUGAGGCCUCUGCUUAAACCCAAAAAGUUAACAGUGCUUGGAAAACAAGUAGGAAUCUCUUUAGAAAUGCAGUAAUACCCAAAUUUGUCAAAACUGGACCUAUUGUACAAUCAUAUGAUACCACUUAAUAAACCAGCUGCAAAGUGUAUUGCAUUUUUACACCUGUGAUGUGACAGAGCUUAUGGUUAACAUUCAGAAAUUUGAGUCUUUCUCCAUUCAUUUUUGUCAAUAAAUUACCAUACGUACCCUACAUGGAUUAAAAAAAAUAUAUCCUACAUGGAUUGCUUUGUUCUUUUUCCUGUUUGUAAUGGGAAAAGGGCAAUGCUUUUUUAAACUUUGCAUGUGUAGAAGAUUGAUGAAAGUUGUAGUUGGAUUGCAAAUGAGUAGUAGCAUAUAGAUUGACAAAGUAAUUGUUGGCCAGUAAAAGUUUAAAAGUGAAUUUUGGUCAAACUUAAUGUAGUUUAAUUAUUUUUAGUGAAGGCUUGUUAUAGAGGCAGAAGGGAACAGUUUGUGUUUUCUAAAAUGGGCUUAGCAAAGCUCAUUUUUCAUAAUGUGGUUUUGGGAAGGCAAAUAGGGUGGCAGUUUUGUGCAUAUAUAAUGAGAAAGCAGUUGGCUUAACUGUUUACACUUUCAAAAAGUUCAGAGCAGUAUGCUGAGGAAGGAUUCUUUUCCUGGAUUGUUCUUUUCCUUGCAAUAUUUUCAAAUGCAUCCCACCAGUUCCCAUAUGGAAAAAUAUUAACCAAUAGGAAACGAGCAGGGGAAAAGUGCUGCAAAAGAUCUGAUGACCAUUUAAGCUAAUCUUUUCCUAAUGUAGGGUUCUAUAACUAUUAACUGAAAUCCAUGCUACCAAUUAAUACCCUUUUCCUCAAAGUACUAUACUUCAAGCAGAGAACACAGCAGCAGCACUCUUUCCAAAAUUGUUAGUAAUAUUUACUAUUGUAUUAUGAAUUGAUCUUGUUCACACAUAACUCUAAGCCGAACUUUGGUUUAGUGUAAACAAGCAAACAUGUGGGGUCCUGGAUUGGAGAUUGCAGCCACUUGGCUCCUUUUCCAGUCAUUUUGCUGCUGCGCUAAGGUAAGCCAUUGGACAGACCUUGACUACAGAUCAUAGUUUAUCCGGAUAGAGCUAAACCACAAGCCUGGGUUCAGAUGAGGAGCUAAGUCAAAGCCACAUCUUAACAUUGCAGUAGCAGAGUGUUGAGAAGAGAUUAAGGCAGUUGCAGCUUCCUCUCCAUGAGCCUUUUUGUUUGUGCUAAACCAUGGUUUGGCUUAGUGUUAUGUGGGAACCAGACCAUUUUAUCUCACUCGGCCCAUAGAACGCUGAAAAUGGCUGACAUGGGACAUGGCACCUUAUCCAAACACUGAUCAAGUUCCAGGCUGCUAAGCCUCAGUCAUGCUACGGUUCUGAGUACUCCUAUAGCAUUCAAAGCAGGUCUUGUAACAUACUACUGCAGAAGAUAGCAGGAAAAUUAAUAGCAACAUUUGCUUCUUGAGCUCAAACAACCUGAAAAGGAAAUAUUUAUCCUGAAAAGGAGCUAUGUUGCUAUAGAACCAUACUGAUUUUGUGGUUUGGGAGCUUUCUGAACGUUAGACAAGAUUUUUGUUACAAUAUAAGAGCAUCAGGAUCCGGCCAUUUUAUUACUUCCGAAAGAUGAGAUAUCUUGGUUCUCUUGGGAGCAAACCAGGCUCUGUCCAAGGUGGUUACAUGGUUAGGACAAGCUUGGAAGGCUUUGCCAGCAACUUCGUAGUCAUUCUCUGUUGCUCUUACAUUUCCCCUUACAUUUACAAGCUGCACAUGGUUUCCUCAUACAAUGUUACGCCUUUUCCCAUAUAUCCUGAGAAAUAUUCCGUACCUUUUUGCAGGUUUCAACUCAAACUCUAUUUCCUUUUUCACUUUUGUCUGUGCAGUUUCUGUAAAAAUGUAAUAUUUAUUGGUUUUCAAAUCUGGACCAGUUCCCAUCUUCCUUGACCAUUGACCCUACUGAUUUGGGCUGAUGGGAGUUGGAGUUUAACAACAUCCAAAAGGUCAUAGGUUAGCCACCCUGUCUAGUGCACUUGUCUUCACAAUGGAACAUGGUUCUGAGUAAACAUGUAUAAGCUUGUGCUGUCAGGUUACACAAAUGGGUUGAACCCUGACUAAAAUGGGUCACGCAAGUGGCAGCACUACCAUUCUUCCCCUCUGCCUUUGUGGUGGUGGUGUUUAUAACUUGGGGGGGGGGGAGAGAGAAGGAGAAAAACAGUGUUUUAAAAGGAAGAGGGAAUGGAUAAGGAAGAGAAAAAAGGCGAAAGGCAGUAAAUUAAAACAAAAAAAAGGAAAAGGGGGCACCUUCAUGAUUGGGCUAAAGGUUCAAAGAUUGAAAGAUUUCUGGUCUGUUACCUUCUUGAUGUGCUCUCCUUUGAAGCUAUCAUUUGUCCGCUACACAAUAUUACGAUAACUAGAGCAUUCAGUGCCAAUUUACUACAGGAAACCACCUCCCACUUCAGCUGCCUUUUGCCCCUGAAUGUAGUUUACUGCAGGCAGCACCUUUGAGGACAAAUAGCAGCCAAGGAGGGGGUGAUUUCCAGCAAGAAACUGGUCCAGGUGCUCAGUCCAGAUUAUGAGCAUGUUCAGGACUGCAACCCCACAGUUCCUUAUUCUUCAAAAUAAAAAUGGCUAUUCAGGCACCAUUUUUAAAAAGUAUGAAUUUUGGUACAUCUAGCUUGGCCCUCGGCUUGCCAAUGUGUGUAGAUUUUCUUUUACAAAUCCAAGGGGAGGGAGAGGCUGCAUAAGGUCUCCAUUCAAGAGGCUUUAUAUUAGAACCUAAUUCAUAUAUGAAAGAGAUUGUAUCUAGAAUUUGGGUUUGCAUUUUGUCUCUUUGGAGACAUUACACUGGGAAGAAUCAUAAUAUGAGGCAUACUGGUUCAGAGCUAAUGCUGUAUUCAGAAUUGCUUCUGAGCCUCCAGUUCUAACUCACUAGGUAAUAAGCCCCAGUAAACACAUUGGGCCUUACUUCUGAGUAAACAUGUAUAAGCAGAUGUUGUCAUUCUCACUGAAAUGGCAUUUUUAUUAAUAUUUUUAGAUUGGAUUGCAUGCCAUAUAUGCAAAGCAGCUGAUUUCACACUUUGAACCUGACUUCCAAAUGUAAAGUAUGAAUCUGUUCUAAAGUAAAGCAUCUACAGUAUACGCAUAUCCAGUGUAGUGGGUUGCCCUUGAUAUGCUCCCCCCUCCCUGCCACCUUGAAAUGAUGUCACUGUGCUCCAAGUUGAGUAGUCAUGAAUGUAGGCCUGUUGAUUUUAGAAUAAUGGGAAGUGACAAGGUGAAGAAUAGUGCUGGCAGUCAUGGACAUUUCAACACAGGGAUGCUGAAAGCAAGGCCACUCCUCCCCCACGCUCUGGGUUGUUUAUAAGAAGAGUCCAGUGGCUUGUGCCAGGCUACACUGAUCACAUAGGUUGUAUAGUUUGCAGGUCCUAAUAUAGGAUGGGUGUCUUCUGUCUCUCAAUAUAUAGGCUAACCAUUUCACUCAAUAAUCUAUUAGGCAUGGCUGAAAAAGCAGGCAGGUCUUUACUCUCAUAAAAUAUAUUAUUUCACAAUUGCAGCCUCAGUUUUUGAAGGCAUUGUAUUUCCUAGAAAUAUGUUAACCAGAGUGAUACUGUCUCUCAGGUUUCCCAAAUACAGCCUUUCCUAAUCUCAAGCUUAGCUUCAAUAAAAAUGAUUACAUAUUCAGAGUUAAAGCCCUUAAAAGCUCUAAGCAAAUUAAACCAGUUAGAAAUAGUCAAGCUGGAUAAUUGUCCAAUAAAUGUUUUGCAACUUCUGUCAGAAGCUGACCCUUCACCCUGACCCCCAUUCCCUUGUUCCUAUUUUUCUGUUAUUCCUUGUAUCUGGUCCACAUUCUCUGUGUCUCUUUUUUAAAUGAAAUGCUGGAUCUGGCCCUGUGAUCCACCUACAUUUGGUUGAAGCUAGUUCUGGAACAGGUAGUAUUGAUGUCUGCGCAUUGCACUCAUACCUACCGCUCUCUAAUAAAAUUUCUGCACUCUAGUAUGUUGAAGUGGAUAAUUUAUUGCCUCUGUUACUCUUACCUCUUCCUUUCCUUCCUUCCCUCUUUCUGUCUUCCCUCGACCCUAGAUGAAAUUUUGAUUGUAAUCUUUAUGGCACCGGGACUUUCUUGUUCUAAAUAUCCAUAACUUCAGUAUUGAGUGGUUCUUAUGACUGAAGUAGGGAAAUGAAGUAUUGUUGUCACUUUUUUCCACACAAAAGUGACUCAAAACGACUUACAGAAACAUUUAAAAUAAUAACAAAAGCAACCUAAAAUUCUCCCCAAUCAUAUAUAUAAAUUCCAUGGUUGGAACACAUUCAAAAUGUCCCUAUAGAAAUCAGUGGGAAAUCAUCAAUGCAUUAUGCAAAUGCUUGCCUAACAAACGAUUUCCUGCAAAUGUUUGGAUAGCAAGACCUGUGUGUAUAGUAAUUUAAUGAAUUAGUCAAGCAUUCCAAACCCAAAUCACACCAUCACUAAUGUCACCAGUUUUAAUCAACUUUCUGAUAAUAAGCAUGAUUUUGUGUCCUGUGAUGUGUUGCACAGUCUUCACUUGAGUGAAUGAAGUUCUGGAGAACAAUAGACAACAACACUAGUGAUACUACUCUGCAAAGGGUCACUUGUCUUGGCUUUUCUGGCAGGUGCUUUUCUGAGCAACCUUCAGCUUGAAGGUAGGGCCAUGUCUUCUAACAAUGUAGUUGGAAGUCAUAUCUGGCUAUAUAAUUCUGUGGCUGAUGCCAAACCAACCAGUGUUCUCCAGUACAUGUCUCUGAGGAAAGCUUUGAAUGUGGUUGUAGCAGAUACCAAGAAGAAAUCCAAGCCCAUAUACAUGGGACAAUGUAUAAGACAAACAGCCUCAGCUAUUUUGUGCCUACAAAAAACCUUUCUGUUCCAAUCAACCUCUCAGUCAUUCCCAUCCAGUUAAGCAGCAGCAAUCUAAGUAUGACCAAUACUGAUUUUCCAGCACAACCCUAUGCUCAUUAUCCUGUAUGAGACUCAUCUCAUGAGAUUUGGAAGGGAUCCAUGACAGACUGUUGGGAUCUGGAGAGUGGGAAAAGGGUAUUUUGUGGAAUUUUUGCAAGAUCCCCAGGGAGAGCAGUUCAGUACCACCAUCAGCUAUUGGUAAACCAGGUCCUCCUCUAAAUACCAAGAUAUGUUUUCGGCCUUUUUUUACUAUCUCAAAAAAAAAAAACACACCAGGGACCACGCUCCUCAUCUUGGAGCCAAAGAUGGUCAAUUAUCACCUUCCAAAGUAAAUUUUUUUGCAUAGAGAUCUUGCACUUCAUCCUAGCAUGCCUCAGACUCAAUUAUUAUCUGAUAUCCAUUCAUCUGAAGAGGCUUAUUAAAUGUCCCAGUCAAACCAGGGCAUCAUAGUUUCCUUUGCUUCACCUACAGCAGGGAUAGGGAACCUGCCCCUCCCUGUUUGUUCAACUACAACCCCAGCAAGCAUGGACAAUGGUUUGAGAUGGUGGGAGUUGGAAGUCCAAUAAUAUCUGGGGUGCCACAGGUUUCUCAUCCUUGAGCUACAGUGAAGAACAAUUGCAUUUUCCAAACUCUUCAUUUUCAUCUCCUCUCCACUCCCAGAGUCUUUAUAAAGAUCCUAUUGGCACAGAACCAAAGGAAUGAAUAUCUAGCCAUAUCUGGACAAUCUUCUAGUCUGAUCAUCCUCUAAAUCCUAGUGCUGUCAAGACAUGGCCAGGAUGAUGUAUACUCCGCAAGAACACAGUUUCAUGAUCAACAAAAUGAAGAACACUUUGAUUCUAUCUUGCAGAUAGCCAAGUCACCGUAAGCUUUUUAACAACAAAGUUAUGGUUGAGACCUCAGUCUCAUCUACAGUCUCCAGAUUUUUGGGAUUGAUUAUCUGCAUGUAUUUCAGACAUUUCUUCUAGGAUACCCACUGCAAAUGACCAACAACCUCAACCCAGAGACCACUCAGAUAGUGGGUACCAUUGACUCAUCUGAGCCAGGAGAUUCCUAUUCAGGAGUCCAUCCAAGUGCUCUUGACAACAUAUCCCAGUCUGAAAAUUUGAGGUGCACACUGCAAAGGUGUACAGCACCAAGACCUGUGGUCUCCAGAAACAAUUUAAUUGAACAUCAGUUCCCUAGAACUUUGGGCAAUCAUACUGGCACUGCCGCAUUUCUUCCAUCUUCUACCAGGACAUUAGGUAUUCAUCAAGACAGACAAUGUAGUAGCAUAUGCCUAUCAGUACAUUUUCAAAACUCCUUAAGGAAACCACCUCCCUGUUAUUCUAUACAGAGAAAUGUCUUCAGUUCAUCAAGACAGAACAUCUUUGGCUUGGCUGCCAAAGCUAGAUACUGCAAAGUGGUCUCUAGGCCAAUUAGUGUUUCACAAAUGAUUGCUCAGAAAAGCCAUCAUGAAACUGUUCACUGGUUCCUCAAAAUCAGCUGCCUAGAUUCACAUCAAGUUUCUUGAUGUGGGAGAAUCUGCAGUUGUGGACAUCCUAUCAGCAGACUGGUCCAGAAAGUGUUAUAUGCUUCAUAGAUUCUACCUCUCAUUUCACAAGUACAGUGGUACCUCGGGUUACAUACGCUUCAGGUUACAUAAGCUUCAGGUUACAGACUCCACUAACCCAGAAAUAGUACCUCGGAUUAAGAACUUUGCUUCAGGAUGAGAACAGAACUCGUGCUCUGGUGGCGCAGCAGCAGCGGGAGGCCCCAUUAGCUAAAGUGGUGCUUCAGGUUAAGAACAGUUUCAGGUUAAGAACGGACCUCCAAACGAAUUAAGUACUUAACCCGAGGUGCCACUGUACUUAGGAAGAUUAAGGACCUGCAGGCUAUGGUGCUACUGAUUCCAGCAAAGUGACUUAAGACACUUGUAAUUCUCCAGUGUAGUGAAGCUGUUGCCAAAGGACCCAUGGAUUCCUACCAGCAGGCAUCUCCUACAUCAGUGCCCCAUUCUUCAUUAAGAUACGGGAUUCCAGGUUAUAUAGAAAUUGAGCGAAUCUUCCAACUCACUAAGUUAUGCAUCUAGGUGAGAAACACCUUGUUUGUAUCAAGACAUUCCUUCACCAUUAAACUUCAUAAGCUUAUUUGGAGAACCUUUGUCCUGGUGUCUACAAUCAAAUAAGAGUCUAGACACUGCAGGAUCUAGGGAAAUCUUGAACUGCCCCAAGACAAUCUUAAGCAUCUGAAACUUGGGUUUGAACAUAGUCUCUGCCCCCCUCCCCAAGUUAUCACCCAAUACGUUAGUUCAUUUUACCCUUCUCAGUUCUUCUGCAGUAUGCUAGAGUCCUCAGCAUUUUCUUGAAAGCCUUAACCAGACUGAGCUUUGAACCAUUCACUGCUGUUUCAAUCAAAAUUUGACUCUGAGAAUCAUUUUUCUCAUGGUGUAUCUGAGCUGGAAACUUUCUCUUUAAAUAAGGAUCUGUAUAUUUCUCAUUAGGAUAAAAUGGUAUUGUGGCCUGGUAGAAGGGCCUAUCACAAUACUCAGCUGUCCUCCUUCCCUCAAGAAGGAAAUAAAUUCAUUGGUUAGUACAGAAUUUCUGUUUAUUACAAAGAGAAGAUUCUUGUAGACCUGGGGAGAGUUAUUUUUUAUUUGAAACCUUAAUAAAUAUACCAAUUUAAAAUCCUGUUUCAGGUCUGAUAUACAGUGGUGCCUCGCAAGACGAAAAGAAUCCGUUCUGGGAGUCUCUUCGUCUAGCGGUUUUUUCGUCUUGCGAAGCAAGCCCAUUGAUGGGAUUAGCGGAUUAGCGCUAUUAGCGGCUUUUAGCGGCUUUUAGCAGCUUAUCAGCUUAUCGGAUAAGCAGAUAAGCGGCUUAGCGACUUAGAAAAAGAGGGGAAAAGGAAAAAAACCCAGGAACUCGCAAGACAUUUUCGUCUUGCGAAGCAAGCCCAUAGCAGAUUCGUUUUGCGAGGCACCUCCAAAACGGAAAACUCUUUCGUCUAGCGAGUUUUCCGUCUUGCGAGGCAUUCGUCUUGCGGGGCACCACUGUACUAUCCAAAUCUUUGCAGGUUGUUUUUCUGUUAAACCUUGCAACCAGACCUUUUUCAGCUGGAAUGUGUCGGAGCACAGUUCUGGCACCUCUUAUAUGGGCACAAUUGCAGGCCAGCACUCCUCCUGCCCAUUUAUUGCCGUUAUGUACUGCUGAGAAGCCCAAAACAAACAUUUCAAAUCAAAAAGGAAGCAGACCAGCAUAUCCGAGUCUACUUUUUUUUUUAAUCUAUGACGCCACCCAGCUCCUAGCUGCAAUUGGUCAAACUACGGGGCAGGGCCAAUUCAUAUUUCCUUUUCUUCAGUCUGUCUUUCAUGGGCCGUUUUAAGCUUUCCCACCAGGCCUCUACCAUUGCACACACAUGCGUUUGCGCAAGGGCCCAUCUGUUGAAUCUAAGAAAACGAGGGAAGCAGGGGUGCAUUUAUUUGACAGUGUUUUGAAUGUUCUUCCAUUGUUAACAGUUGGAGGUUUUUCAUUUUGAACUCCCAAUGAUUUUCAUAACUAAAUGUUUGUCCAUUAGACUUUGCGAUCUCUUUGAUUCUGGAAGCUGUAUUAUUCUUGCUGGUAUACUCUAGAAUAACUUCAUUUGGCAUCUUUAACAUAUAUUGCCAGGAAUAAAGCAAGUAUAUUUCUGCAGAUAAGCUUUCAAAGACUUUAGCAAUUAACUCAAUCCAGAUAUUGCAAACAUUGAACGCCUUCCUUUUCAGCCACUCAAAAUAGCACUCUCUCCAGAUGUGUGGUCCAAAUACCUGUGAGUGAUUUCUCAGCAUAUUAGAGCUGUGUCUCCCAUCAAGCCUAUCUAGGAGAAAGUAACUUGGGGGGGGGGGGGAGACCAAAAUGCAAAAAUAUAAGAUGGAUCCUUCUGUGUUUCAAAGAGGUUUGAAUGGUGCUUGCUUCUUAGCUAUGUAUUUCCAAUAGUCCUGGUGAUAUCAUUGUUCAGUGUUUAGGAUUAUACUAUUAUUAAUGUUUAUAUCAUUCCCCCCACUUACAAUACAUGAUAUUUUAAAAAUAAAUGAUGAGAGAGUUGUGAAGGGUCAGCAGGGCUCCUGAUCUUUCCUUUCUCCACGGUGCCAUUUGAAAAGGAUUUUGAGUCCCUAACAAACCUUUAGGGAGUAGUGGAAGGGUUGCUUAAAACGAAAACAAUGGCAAGGGGUACUCGGCGACCUCACUCUGUCCAGUCAUCUGGUUCUUCAUUUGUCCCUGCUGUGAAACAGAACUUAUCUUUUGUCUGUAACACAAAUACAUCUUUUCCCCCCACCCCCCUUUCCUUUCUAUUAUAGUUCAAUCAAUGAUGUCAUUAUGUGUGCCAUUCAGAAACUGUUGAACCACUUGGCUGCAGGAAUUUGGAGGAGCAACUGGGGGAGAAUGGAGAACUGUGCUCUCACUCCCAGUCUUCAAGGGUCUAUUCUGAUUUUAACAAAAAACAAAAACCCUGAAGUCACAUUUCUUUUUUUAACUCCUGUUCACCAUGAAAAACAAAAGUAAUCUAAAGUAAGGGGAAUGCAUACAUGAGGGCAGUGCAAGCCAACCGCAAUGCUUUUCUUUGGCAUGAAUAAUCAAGCCUUUUAAGAGUUCUAAUUUACACCACAAACAUUUUCCAGGGAUUUAUAAUAGUGCUUUCUUGCUCAAUAAAAAUGCCAGCAUCUCUGGAAUUUGUGCCAUUGUUCAUAAUUUUCCUUCUGUACCUCAUUAAACUGUUUCAGUUUGAUUAAACAGUUGUCUAGUGCUGAUGGGGAAAGGAGGCACCCACGUAGCUCAAGACCUGGAGAUCUACUUGCUAUCUGUUGCUGUAGCAUCAGAUUAAAACCCCAUAACGUAUUUUGAUUAUUAGCACAGGUUUCAUUAUUAGUAAAACUAAGUAGCAUCCCUCAUCUGUUUCAGUGUAGAGUCAUGUGUUGAUAAUUAGUAAUAAAAUCCAUUCAAGAUAAAAGUAGCUUUUCAGAUCUUUGGCUGAGAUCCAAAGAUCCUGCUGGAUGUGACAGGCAUUUCUGCUUAUGUGUGGGGUGUAGCCAAUCUCCCCCCUUUUGCAGCUUCCUGAAAUACUGUUUUAGAGGGUUCUCUAACCUUCUGCGCUAGUUGGGGUGUGUGCAAAGGACUGCAGAUGGUGGGAGGUAUCGAAUACCUUCCAUUCUUGCAAUGGAAUCCAAGUCUUUGAAAGCAGUCCUAGAAGUUCUUUUAAUUUAGAAAAUAUACAGUAAUAUAUUGUUAAUUCAUAAAGCAGCUAAAUAUAAACUAAAACCUUUUAAUGAUACUGUGUAGGAAUCUGAUCCAAAGCUCAUAAAAUCAGCAGUCUCCAGAAUCUUAUGGAGAUUGUUUUUGUUGUCUAUCCAUGCACAUGAUACUUUAUAAAGAAUGAGAGGCUCCUGCCCCAAGGGACUUAACAUUUUAGAAACAAAAGAAAGGGAGAAAAAUUGAGUAAUGGAGGUAAGCAGAGGAAGAAUAUGUGGUAUUUCAGAUUAUGCACAUUUAGUCUUAGUUACAGUAGGUUAUUGGGAAAAUACAGUUUCUGUUCUCACUUUUGAGAUGUUCUUCUACAGCUCCUCAGAGAAGCACAUUUGGUAUCAAUACAGAUCAGGCUUGAAGCUUUGAAUUGUGAGGUCUUUCUUCUGAAGUUGGUAUUUAAUAGCUCGGUCCAGUAUACCUGAAGGAGCGUCUCCACCUCCAUCGUUCUGCCUGGACACUGAGGUCUAACGCUGAGGGCCUUCUGGCAGUUCCCUCACUGCGAGAAGCAAAGCUACAGGGAACCAGGCAGAGGGCCUUCUCGGUAGUGGCACCCGCCCUGUGGAACGCCCUCCCACCAGAUGUCAAAGAGAAAAAUAACUACCAAACUUUUAGAAGACAUCUGAAGGCAGCCCUGUUUAGAGAAGCUUUUAAUGUUUAAUAGGUUAUUGUAUUUUAGUGUUUUGUUGGAAGCCACCCAGAUUAUUAUUAUUAUUAUUAUUAUUAUUACCACCUUUAUUCCAGAAUUUCAGAUAUUGUUAUCUUGGUUAGUCCUCUGUAUAUCGAAAACCAUUACCUUCUAGUUGGUGGGCUGUGCACAGGAACAAACCUUGGUUAUAGCUUGUGGUUAGUGAGGAGAUAUCUUCAUCACAAGUCCUAAUUGUGACACACUGUUAAGCUUAGCCUGGUGUAGCAGCAAAAAAGGACUGGAGAGGAGCAAAGCAGCUGCUAGCUUCUCUCCGGGAGUCCACACACUUCUACGGUCUCAGUAACCCAAUGUUUGGCUUAGCUUGUCAUGAAAACCAGCCCUACUCUUUCUCUUCUGUGCAUAGCUGAUGCUGGCUUGUUUGGUGAGCUCUAUAAAUUGCUGUAAUAAAAGGUUUACUGAGAAUUUUAUGAUUAGUAAUACUCUUCUUAAACUGAGAUAUGAAAUAUUUAGUGAGAGAUUUUAUAAUAGCUUUUUAACCCAAUAUGAUGUGAACUUCUCAAAAAGUGGGCUUGCAGUAAGCAAAAUUCUACAGUCAUAAGAAUAUUCUUAUAUUAUUAGCUGUUCGCUUAUCAUUAAGCAGACUAUAUAGAGCAAGGCUACAAUCCAAUAUCCACUACCUGGGAGUAAGCUCUAUUGAACUUGGGGGAACUUAUUUCCGUGCAGUCCACUGAACAGCAGUGAGACAAUGUGAUAAACAGCUUGCUAACCCCAAAUUAAUUUAUUUUAUUUGAAAGAUGCCCUGAUUUUCCACUAAUGGUCAGGAUAUCAUUAAUGUAAGACUACUUACAUUAAAAAUUAAAAAAUACAUGAGAAAAAUAAAACUGAGCAAAAUCCACUAGUCAUGACAGAGAAGUAGAAAUAGCUUGUAGUGCUCUGUUUGCACUCCGACCAUUGACAGUGAGAUUUUGACAGUAAAGAAGUACAAUUCGACAUCUGGAAUUGACGGGAGAAAAGUCUUCUGCAUAUUAUUUUUGAGGACAGUAAAUAUGGGUUUUUCAGCUCUGCUUACUGAAACUUCUGUUUAACUGUGUUGUUUAAAAAGCUGUAGCUCUAGUCCAUUUCUAAUCACUGACAACACCUAGUAGUCCUCAGUUCAUACAUUUUCAUCUAAAACCUUAUCCAGUCAAUUCCCAUUACCCUGGAUGAGAACUGGGAAUCAGUUGUGAAUAUGUAACCAGUUGUGAUUCUGUAUAUGCAUUGGCUAUGUACACAAAAGUCUGCUCCCACACAUAAUUUCCUUUGCUGGGUCAGGCUAAUUGUGGACAUGUACAUAGUAUGCAAUAGGUGAAGCUAUCUAACUAUAUCCUUUGAACACUGUUAAAUGCGUGAUCUGAUCCUCUGAGGAGGGAGAAGUUUUAUAAGUUUCUUCCAGAGAAAGGCUAGUGUUUGUGGUAGUUGAAUGUAUCCAUCAUUACCUGGAAUAUUUUUGAAACUUGAAAAGGCUACAUUAUGUUAUUAAAAAGCUCACAAAAGCCUUUCACUUUUUCACUCUGCACCUGAGAUGUGUCUCUUUGAGUCUGCCAUGUGGCAUUCCUUAUAUGUAUGCUUCAUCCUCUGACGUCUAGGUCAAAGAAUGCUUUUCAACUUCAGAAUUAAACUGGGAGUUGCAGGUGUGCUCUUAACACAUGGCUGUGACUUUUUUUGUUCCUCACUCCCCUGCUGAUCCCGUUUGGAGCAAGCAUAAACUUUUAUCUGUGAAGGCCCCUGGUAUUUUGACACAGAGAGCUUUCAGAACUGCUGGCUCUCAGAACUUUGCCCUUUAACAAAUUCAACACCUCAAACAAUUCUGAUCUCUUAAGCUUUUUCUCUUCCCCGGCUUGUAUUUAUGCUUUAAGCAGAAAGAGUCAAGUAAAGACGAAACAGUCCUGGUGGAUCUGCACUGCCUUUCAUUUCCUUUUUUAUUUAUUUUUUGCUAUGAUGCCAAUGCUGACCUGUAUAUUUGAUGUAGAGAUCUGUGUAACUUGAAAAUUUGUGUCAACUAAAUCCAAAAGAUGAUACAGUUGUGCAAAGGUGCAUUGACAGUGAAACUUAAUUCUUUUUUCUAUCAGAUUAGAUACAUUAUCAGAUUUUGUUACUGACUCUGCUUUUGUUUUAUUAGUUUUAUCAUCUUGUAGUCUUCAAAAUAGGGGUGUGAUGACCCUGCAGUGGAUAUAGAGUUGAAUAUUGAUUAUCAUCAUUGCCUUGACAUCUUGCAUUAUGUGUUACUUAGCAUCAUGGUGUGGUAGACUACACUAGUUUGCCCUUUCUUUGUAUCAAAUUGUAGGACAAGCUUGCCAGCUGUCUGUUGUAUAGAAACAUAAACAUAACCUUAUUUAACACUAGUUCACAUCUGUAGGUUCAUUUCUAAACAACACUUUUGGGGCUCUGAAAAGAGCUUGAUUCAGUGUCAUCACAUCCUUCUACAACUACAUCAAGUUCUUGGUGAAACAUGACUUAUUAGAGGAUGGGAAGCACUGCGCAGUGUUUGACUUUCUCUUGGGCUUUGAGAUUAAAGAGCUGUGUUGAUUUGACUGACUAGUCCUGAAAGGGGGAGAUUAAUCACAUAUUCUUUGGGCCUUUUGUGAGAAGCAGAGUGGGAAGGUAAGUGGUAUUGGAGUCUAUAAAACUAACAGCUCCUUGAUUGUGCCUCUGCCAUUGAUCACAGUGCAUGUGUAAUGUGUAACUGAGCAAGUUUAAUACUUGGCAAAAUAUCAUUCUAGGGCUGUAAAAGGGAGAGUGGUGUCACAAUAUGAUUAUAUUGAAACUUUUCAGUUUCCUGUUGUUUCGUUGCCCCUACUAUUUGCUGCCGAGCGUCAUUCGCAUAGUUGAUGCACACAGACACAGAAUAGAGUCCACUAGGGAAAAGAGCAAGAAGAUAUAAAUAUGUUGGGAUGAAUUUCAAAAAGGUGGUGGGUGACAGCUGUGCAUCCCAGGAUUAGAGUGUUUUGAAGAACAAAACUAUCAGUUGCUGUCAUUCACCCUCUGGGUAUGAAAUUGGAAGCCAGCUACUCAUGAGUGUUUCAUAACCUUUACCUUUUGGAGGUCAAGGCCAUGUCAUCAUUAAUCUACCAUCGCCUGAAAGCCUGGAGGCUCUGCUUUUCAUCCUGCCAUCCGUCAUGCUGCAGUGGAGAUACAGGAGUGGUGACCAGAAGGGUUCAUUUUUAUAUAAAUGCCCUCCCACCGGCUUGUAAAAUGCAAUUCAUGAUAAUGUCAUGCUUAUUUUUAUUUUAUUUUUUAAAAAAGGGACACCUGAAGAAAUUAACAGGCCACAGGUUUAAAACAAAAAAAGGAUAGUUCUCCCCCCCCCAUUCCCUGCUAUCACAUAUGCUUGCAGAGUACACAAUUGAUCUAUUGAACCUGUUUUCAUAGUGUUGACUUGACCAGCUGGUAUGAAGGGCUGAAAAAACCCACGAUUUAUCCCUCUGUAGCUAUUUACCAUAGACAUGCAGAUAAAUACACAGUGUAUUCCUAAACUUUAGACUCUGGAAGUUUAGAGAGGAACAUAAUGAGUGGGGAAAGUGUAUAGCAUCUGAAUUCAGAACUGCCUGUUAUUAAAUUUACCAUACCAAGCCUCAUAGAUCACUUACAGGCAUGCUGUAUUUGUAUUGCUCCUGUCUUCAGUUGUAUCCUAGAACUCAAUUCUGGUAUGUGAGAGGGUUCAUCUGAAAAAUUCUGCAUUGCUUCCUCCUGUGGACCUUUUCUUAAUUGAAAGCAUCCUUCUGUCAUUUGUCGCCUGAUAUCUUUCAGUUGUGUACUUCCUCAAGGUAACUUACUAUAUUUUCAUAUUCAGACAUUGUCUUAGAGAUGAGGCUAGGAAAACUCGAUCGCUUUGUAGUUUGCUGUAUGAGUCUGUUCAGCUGCAUUAGUCAACUUGCGGAGGCCUUUCCCUAGCACUGCUUCAUUUUUUUUAAAUCCUCCUUUCACUUCAAAGGAACGUAAAGACUCAUCCCUCUGUAUAUUGAAAAGAGAUAAAUAGUUAAAAGCACCUGCACUAUGACAAAAAAAAAAUGCACUUCACAAAGAGGGAUCCUCUUAAAGCAAAUGACAAAAAGAAUUCUUGCAUAGUGUCCUAGGACACUGAGAGCCAGAAAUGUAGCUCUUUAUCUUUAAGAAAGAUUACCCAAAGAUGCAAUGAAGGCACAUCCCUCAAUUGAUAUUAGCCAAGAUUGAAAGAUGUACCUUCAUGCUUAGAAUGUUGAUUAGUAUCAAGAAGGGUGUGAUGGAGACUGAUUGCUCUGUAUUUGCCUUCACCUAACUCUGAAUUGUAUAGAACUAGUAAAAGCCAGGUAUUGGCAUCUAAGGAUACUUUGAUCUGGCACAGUACAAUAUAUUUUAGGUUCUUUUGGUGCAGCGAUUGAAGCCUUUUAACUAUGGAAAGUUGUUAUACAAAUAAAACGAGGUCUGUAUGAUGUAUGUAAGCCAUACUUUUGCUUACUAUGUUGUGUGAACCAUGCCUAAGGAGGCUUGCAACAAAUGUAACAAAAAUUGUCAAGGGAUAAAUAAAACACAUCAAAAAGUAUACAACCAAAUCAAACAAAUCUGACAUUAAAUCAUGUUCUAAAAAUAUAGAUACAAAAAAUUAAUAUCAAUAACAGCAACAACCAUCUCCGCCCCCAAAAAACAAUUCCCCAGCCUAAGAGUCUCUUCAGCAGCCUCAGCUUCUGUAGGAUGUAAUUCAACCUAGGUUAUUUCAUCAGUGCAAGAAUUCAAGGUUCUCACCAUACAUUUCGCUCCAAUAUUUCAAAAUCUGGCUCUAACAAGCGAGUGGUCCUCCUGAACCCGAACAUUCAGAGGUUUACCUGCUCUCUGGACAAGUCAUUCUUACCAAGGUGAAUCAAUAGGCCUAGGGCAUGACAGAGCAGCUUAUUUUCAUUUGGAAUGAAAGAGGCAUACAGUAAGUGUGAGUUGACUCCUUCUAUUGCCCAAGAAGUCAAGGAAUCAUGCAAUGCAAUCUGGUAUUGUAGUCUUCACCCCAGUUGGUUCUCUGCCUUCACCCAAGACAGAGCCUCCUCUUACUUCAGCAUUUGUACUUGCCUUCCAGCUAUUCUUUAUUUCAAAUUUCAACUUAUUUCAUUCUCUUUGUCGUCUUCCUCUUUUCAUUCAUAGAGAUUUAAAAUUUGUUAUUUGUCUUUUCUGCUUACUCUUUUCCUAUCUCCCUUCCUUAUGGGUUAAUUGGGAAGACACUGCUUUCUCAACAAAAUGGCACCAUUUUGUUCACAUGGUCAGACCCACUAAAUCUGAGACAAUGACCUGCAGCUGCUUAACAACCUCGCAGUAGUGCAUGCAUCUCCAGGGGGAAAGCCCUAUUCCUCCACACGUAUACCCCAGCCUUGCCAACAUCUGCUACCAUCACAAAAUUUGUCCUUUCUAACUACUGUUGCCAUAAGGACUUAGCAAGAGAGUAAACAACUGCAGAACCCCAAAGGAAAUGGGGCAGCCAGGGCACCAUAAAAACAGGGUCCUCCUGUUAGGUGACAUCUUGGAAAAGAAUUAUCUCCACAAUUGCAGACUAUCUGUACCAGAGAGUGAGUCUCCCAAGCAACCAGCUAAACAAAGGCCUUCAUAAACAAAAGACAUUCAACAUUCAUCAGAUGAAUCUGACCAGGGCUCACCUGUAUAUCACCUGCAGGCCUUGAGUGAAAUCCCAGCCUCUUGCAGAAAGUUGCCUUCUAAGGCCCCCAUCACAGAUAACACAUCUGCUAUUCCCAUGGCUACUGUUCCUGCUGAUAGACAAAGGGAUCUGGAGCAUCAGGGUAACCUGGAGAGAACUGGGAGUGAGUUGCCCGAUGAACAGCCCACACCAGACUUUUUCAUAAGCUUCUGAGGAUCCAAAGUGCUGCCUUUUGUUCCUCUUAGAUAUUUGCAAAGAUAGGAGCUCCUCAUUCCCAGAAGUAAGUUCUGAUGGUGGCUGUUUAAUGGGAAGGUGCUUAGCUGACUGACUGGCUAUUCUGACAGCCAAUAAAAGGUACUUUGUGAUAAAAAUCAAGUUAAUAAAUGCUACUCUCAUGAAUGUAUACAAUUUUUUAAUUUUUGUUUCCAUAUUUAUUUGGAUAGUUUUCUAUCCCACUUUCUCCCUAAAAAAAUGGAGGUGCCCAGAACAGCUACCUAGGCAAAGAAUAAAAGAAUGCAAUAAGCAAUAUUUGAAUAAAACAUUUAUUAAAAAUAAAAAAGGCAGUACUGUAGUAAAAAAACUAAACAUAUAUCCAAAGGGUAUCAAGACUAAGAUUCCCCACCUGCUAUUAAGCUGCCUCCUUGGUUGAUACUUUAUUUGCCCAUUUGGGAUACACUAAUUGUUUAUUGCACAAGCUACAACUCUUUGAAGGCAAAACCACUGUCAAAUAUCCCUUCCAUAAAUAUAGCCCAGGCAUCCCCAACCUGCGGCCCUCCACAUGUUUUGGCCUACAGCUUCCAUGAUCCCUAGCUAACAGGACCAGUGGUCAGGGAUGAUAGGAAUUGUAGUCCAAAACAUCUGGAGGGCCAAAGGUUGGGGAUGCCUGAUGCCUAUCUAGCUUGUGCCCCAUACUUGAUUUUUUACUCUAUGCACCUGUAUCCUAUUUUCACUCUUACCCACCCAGCACAUGGAUUCAACAUCUGUAUUCUAGUCAUUUGGAUAUAAUUAUGCCAGAACCACAAACAAGUACUGCUGAGCCUUUUUAAGGAGAUGCCAUUUCAGUAAAGGAGAGCAGCGGAUCUUUAUGCUAGAUCAUGGGUAGGCAAACUAAGGCCCAGGGGCCGGAUCUGGCCCAGUCGCCUUCUAAAUCAGCAUACGGUCCAGGAAUCAGCAUGUUUUUACAUGAGUAGAAUGUGUCCUUUUAUUUAAAAUGCAUCUCUGGGUUAUUUGUGGGGCUUGCCUGCUGUUUUUACAUGAGUAGGAUGUGUGCUUUUAUUUAAAAUGCAUCUCUGGGUUAUUUGUAGGGCAUAGGAAUUCGUUCAUUUCCCCCCAAAAAUAUAGUCCGGCCCCCCACAAGGUCUGAGGGACAGUGGGCCGGCCCCCUGCUGAAAAAGUUUGCUGACCCCUGUGCUAGAUAAACAAAGGGGUGAAGAUCCAAUGGAGCCCCCACCCUGGCAAAGCUGCAGUAGAAGUAUCGUCCAGCCAUUGGCUUAAUGUGGGUUUUCCUUCCUUUUUUAUGCAAUGGAAACCACGCCUAAAAUAUAAGAGGCAACUUUUUCUCUUCUGCCCCACCUCACUAUUAGAUGACCAAAAUCCAGUAAGUCAGAUCCUUCUUGGGGCCACCCAAAGAGUAUCCCUGCCUUUAUCUGCUGCCUUAAAGGGCUUGAAAGCAUCUGUCUCUGCUCUGCAGCAACACCUGUUCUCAGUCACUCUCCACUCCCACAAAACGAUCCAGUGGCAUGGCAAAACAGCUGGAGGUCCUGCUUAGCCGCUGGUUCUUAAUAGCAACAGUGAAGGAAAGCAGAACUUCGAAUCAUAGAAUUGUAGAUUUGGAAAGGACCCUGAGGAUCAACUAUUCCAACCCUCUGCAUUGCAGGAAAAUGCAGCUGGCCCUUACGAGGAUUGAAUCCGCAACCUUGGCGCUAUCAGCACCACAUUCACUCUCACCAACUGAGCUAAUCUGGUUUUCCUAAACAGCCAAGUUAUUUACCCUGCAGCUUCUCUCUCCAGUGGCUGUCCACAAAACUCGCCACAGAAAGAUGUGUGAAAGUGCAGUGGAGCAAUCUAUUUCAUUUGUAUUUGAAACCAGGGUUUUUUGUUUCAGUUCCUGCCUGUGCUCCCCCCAAGUAUAUGUUUUUGUCCAGGUAAUGCAAGUUCUGUGCUUAUUUUACAAAUGGUGUGUAUUUGUGUGCACACAAAAUUUUACAUCGUUUUGCUUACAAGUCUGUAUGUAGUAAAACAUUUUGGAACUUUUCAGGAAGAGCGGAAUAAUAAGGAGAGAAAGGUGUGGAGAUAGUUAUAGAGAAGUAGGAGUCAUGGGACAAGCAUAGGAGAUGUGUGCAGAUAACACCCCCCCUUCAAAAAAAAACCCAGGCCUGUGGCCAAUGAAAUCCUUUGUCUACCUCCUCCGUUUACUUAGCUUUUUGUCUGUGUUUUCUAAGCAUUUCUUCUCAGGCAAAAGAGCGAGAACUCUUUUUUAAAAAAUGAUUCUGUGAGUUGACUGUAUUUUUUUCUGAUGCGGAGCUUCUUAAUCCAUGUACCUUGCAGUAAAAUAUUCAUGCAACUUCAAACAUUGCGAUUGCACAGGGUUUUGUUUUGUUUUGCUAUUUACAAAGAUUUCAUUUUUUAAAGUGUGAAGUAUCUUGGGAUGCCUGGCUGUGUACUAGAUUUCAGAUUUGAGAAUCCUACCUGAAUAAAAUAAACUAAAAAUACUUUACAUGGGAAACCUUUUGUACCUUGGAUCCUUCUCUAAAUCUUUCUACGUGAGUAGUGAAAUAAGAAAACCUGGAAAUCACCAGCUUCAAGAAAUUUAUCUGUCACUUCACAGGAAAGGUCAGCUUCCACCCCCCACUUCACAUACACAAAUGCCCAUGUGCAUAUUUGAGCAUGCCCCAGGGCUCUAGCAGAGCUUGAUAGAUGCUGAGAUAGCAGUGUUUUGAUAGAGGUAAUUUUCCUCAGAUGGGUUUCAGCACCCCAUGAAUCAAAACCUGUCAGAGAGGAGCUAAAGAUGGAGUGAAGUUUAUUGUAAGCGUGUUUGCAUCUGACACUGGUGUGCUAGGGGGUCAAGUGAGUGAGAUCAUUAGAACCGUGUUGAUUUAGUGGAAUUGUUACACACUUUCCCUUCAGGCAAUGAGUGGGGGGGGUGGAGUGAUUAUAGGGAGUUACUGGAAAAAUAAAUAAAAACCUCAGUUCACUACAGUCUCUUACAUACUCCACAACAUCCAUUCAUCCAUUUAAAGUUGCUGUUUGGCUAUUCCCCCUCCCACCCUGCCCCACCCCCUGGUCAAUUGCCUUUAGGGCACAGAGAUACUGACUCGCUUACUAUCAAUGAUUUAAGUAGGGAAUGUAGUUUUUCCAUGGUUAGCUGAACCAGCUGCAUUGGAAUAUGCAUAAAUUGCAGGCUGCAGUUACUACUAAGAACUUUCGCUGUCUUCACUAACUGGAAGAUGGUAAGACGGAUGCAGAAGACUGUGUGCCCUGGUAUGCUUUGAUACUAAGAGGGCGUAAUCAAGCCAUAUAUUUUGCAGGUAAAAUCCACAUUGCACUAAUCUACAGGGUUGUUUUACAUGCAGGUUAAUCUCAGGCAAUAGUAGUGUAUAACAUAUGAAUGGUUAUGCAUAUAUCUUUUUUUAUUUACAUAGGAAAGGAAGCCACUGCAGAUAUCAUCUGACCAAUUCUUGUGCCCUUAGAAAAAAAAAAUGGCAUCUUUGCUGCUGUUCACAAACAUUAAUGCACAGUUUAAAAUAACCCUUGGGAAUACCAUUAAGUGCUGGCUCUAUUUUUAUGCUGUUCCAAGUGUCCAGUUUUCCCCAGCAUUAUCUUAUUUUUGACAUGUUCAUUUUUCAUAUGAGAUUUGUAAAUUUAUAUGUUAACACUCAAAAGAAGAAAAAAUAUUGAAAACAGAAAAAUGCAUCUUGAAGUAGCAUAUUUAUAUAAGGUAACUGAACAAUGAUGAGCGCGAAUGUUACUGGUUCUCUGGUUUCGUCAGCUCAUAGUACAAUUUAGAUACUUAAGCUUCACAACAGCUGUACUAUAAAAAGUUGGUAUUCUGUCUUUGUUAAACCAAUCUUUCAAGGUGUUUACAAUCCAUUGGGGGGGCGGGUCUCAGGAACUCCUGCAUUUCUAGUACCUCUAUGUGUAUGGCAUGCAAGAAGGUACAACAGCUCAGAAUUCACACCCAUCUCUCUGUGCUACAUAUGAGGAAUACUCAUCAGCCUCCUUUUGUUAGCUAUACCAAAUAUUGUGUAUCUGGGGCUCAUCAGGAUCACUUGACAAUUUGGGUUCAAAGAUUGGCAGCCACUUUGUUACCCCAAGUCAUUUUGUUACCCCAAGCUCUAGAUUCUGUUAUUUCACCAUCCUUUUUUGGGGGGGGGGGAUUCUAACUGCUGGUGUGAGUGCCAGCCAGGCUACUGUAGACCAAAAGGUGUGUCAUGUUUGUGAAGGUCAUGUAAUAACAUUUAAUAUAAAAUAAUUGUAUCAUAUUUAUAAUGGCCUUCAGUUGUCAGGAAAAGGUUUAGUAGAUGUGUUGGAGUGGAAAAUUCAUUGUGAAAAGUAUUCUGCGGCCAGAGAAAUGGCAAACCUGCAAAGUUAGGCGGUAACUGUUACAAGGUGUUACAAAUGCGCAGAAAGCGUAUCUGCAUGCUGUUAUGGUGACAACUGCCCCUGAGAAACUUCUGCAUUUUUAAUUAAACAUUUCAGUUGUUCCUGUUGCCACAACAGAUGAAGUUGUCAUAAUUAAUAAAGCUGAGCCUGGUUGCUAUGGUGUCAUUGAUGUAAGGGAUUGACAUAAUGAAGGCAGUCCCACCACUCGCUGAGGAGGUGUUGAGCGCAACUACUGUGACAAAAGUUGCCUGCUGCACCAGUGAUGUCAUUGGGCUUGCUUUGUGAAUUGAUUGAUAUUUUGUUUCGCAUUUGUUUUAACAGUGCUGCUUGUCAUGGCUUGACCGAUUUAUAUCAAUUAAUCAAAGCUGAACAAAUCAUCAUUAUUUGUACAGAUGUAAUGUGGAGGAAAGGGAGGCUUUAUAUAGUCAUAGGAAGAGUUCUAUCCUGGUUUUUUUUAUUCUCACAAGUCAAGUCAUUUUAAUACAAUCCAGCUUGAAAGCAAGGUUCAAAGUGCUUAAUGGAUGUGGGAAGCUGUGCAUUCAGCUAGGAGUUCAUAGAGACCAGCAAUGCAGUUAAAGGUUUUAGCUUGUUUCAUUUCUCAUUUCCACCAUUCUGCUGAUUCUUGCAUCCUCAAGCAUGAUGGUUGUGAAAGCCUAUCAUUACCCCAAUGCCUCUCAUGGCCAGCACUGCUGGAUAAUCAAAUAGGGCAGAGGGGAGGUUGUAAAUGUGUUGUGUGAGCAGGUGAGGAGAAUUACAGGAAUAGAGGAAGGUAAUUGGACAGUCUUUUGCUGCUGAAAAUAGCACAAGAGAACUCCCAUGGCAAAUGGAUGAGGUGGAGGUUCUUAAAAGGUAAUGAUGGCUUGAUUAUUACCAAGGCCACCAGCAUGGUUAAAGGUUAAAAGAGUGAAAAAGCCUCAGGCUUAUGGAAAAUCAACAGAAGAGAUCUGAAGUACCUGCAUAAGCCAACAUUUAUUUCAUAAUUGAAAUGGAAUUUAUGAAGAUAAGCUCAGUGCCGUACAGGCCAACUUAAUGAAAAUGUUUCCAUUAGAAUGGGAGAAAAAUGAAUUAAAAGAUGACCUUUUAAGAAAGGGGGAAAUUAAAAUGGUGGAGAAGAUGCAUUUUAUAUAUGUAGCUAGCUUUUAUAUUUCGUAUACUGUACUGCAAAAUAUAUGUUCUUAAGUCUUGUGCAGUAGUACCUAAAGAAUGACUAUCUGCCAUGUGUUCGGAUCACUUAAUCAAUGACCUUCUAUUCACAUUAACAAGAUAACAAUAUCCUAAAGCAUAUUUAACAAGCUGCCUCCGUGAUGACUGUGAACUACUAUAAUGAGAACAGCCUUAAAUUGCAUGUUGUGUUUUAUUAAUGUUCUGUAGAUCAGAACUUCGUUAGAUAGCAAAGCAGAUUCUGGGUUUUCUGUCCUUCAGCCUGUGUGUAAUAAUUCCACUAAAUCAACACUGUUCUAAUGAUCUCACUCACUUGACCCCCUAACACACCAGUGUCAGAUGCAAAAAAAUGCUUGAAUACUCCAGAUUAUCUAUAUCUACAUACAGAACACUAAACCAUGGUUUAUUUAACAUCAAGUCAAUGAUCCCCAGAAACCUGAGCAAAGAAUUGGGCUCAUGUGCUUUCCUUUCCUUUGCACAAGGGGUUAUUGAGCUGAUUUCCUCAGCUGAACAUUGUGUGCAAACUGGAAUCUCUGGUAAGUUCAUUACCCCAAGCCAAGAUUCUUUGAAAGCAAAACUAAACUCACAUCUUACACACAUUUAACUUGUAUGCAUUCAGCUUUAUGCACUUGGCAAAAAAAGUAAGGAAAAAAAUGGGUGGAAAGGGGUGGGUGUCUGAGAAAAGAGACUUUGUGACAACCCCUCCCGCCAUUGUGUUUUGACUAUACAGUAUGAGAUUUUGGCUUUAAGCGCGAUUCUUGGAACAACGCCCCCUGUAAGCUGCUGGCUUACUGUACAGCAGAAACAGGAGUAGGGAGGGGAGAACAUGAGCUUUGCUCAGAGUUCUGGAGGCUCACUCAUGUAAGCACUGAACCAUGGUUUAACAUAACGCGUGAAGCAAAAAUACUGUGACCUGAUUCACACAUCAUGGUAAGCCAAACUGGCUUACUGGGGUCACUCAAACAUGUGACUGCUUAGUUCCUCCCCUGUCUUUUAUACCGCCAGCCUGCACUGAGCUAAGCCAGGGUUUGGCUGAACAUGCCAUUAUAAUGCAGGCUUACUAUUAAGCUCUCCGCUUGCUAACCAUGUGCUAUAUCUAAGAUUUGUCCUUUGAAGUUUUUCAAAUAAACAAACAAAUAUGGCUAGGAAAGAGAAACAGAGAGAGCUAGCACAUAGAGUGUUGCAUAGUGGUUUUCAAGGUGGAAGAAUACAUUUGAAGCUAUUCCAGAUGCCAGUCCCAGUUUAUGAUGACUAAGAUUUACAGUGUCACAACAGCAGAAGUGCAGUGAUGAGCAUCAGAAGAGAGGAAUAAAGAGAAGUAUCUGAAGUAAGAGUAAAUGCUCCCUGAAAAAUUAUUUACACGGCUGUUUUAGUUCUGUAUGUAGUACGUAAUAAGGAUAUGUCAUAGAAGCACAAUCUUUGGGCAAGCCUGAGACUAGAAAAUUAAAAUAUAAGAACAUCUAGCUUGUUCAGAGACCUGGCCUCCUGUUCCAUGAACUUCAUAAAGACACAUAUUCUCCAUCCAGAGAAGGGUUUCAACUGUUAUCGGAAUAACAGUUCUGAAAACUAUGUUCUUCUGCAAAUUCCCUUCCAGCAAAUGGUUCUAUGAGACUAAGAAAGAAGCAGAAUCACCAACUAGAAUGAUUUUAUUGGGUGAUACAGACAACUUAACAUUUUCUCCCUUCUUUUUUGUAUAGACGGAAGAUGAUGAAAAGCUCAAAAAAAGAAAGGAGAGGUUUGGUAUUGUAACAAGCUCGGCUGGGGCAGCAACCACAGAAGAUGCAGAGGUAACUUGUCAAACCAAAGCUGAUAAGGGGCAUGUUCUGUUAUUAUAAUGGUGUGGGUAGAAGCUGAGGACAAUUUGUGAUGAAUUGUGAAAGAAUGCCAAACACUCCACAAGAUGGCACUGUGUCUCUUUUAUCCUGUUCUCUGCCCCCACCCCCAUGGUCCCACUAAACUAUCCUAGGUGGUCAUAUAAUACUUCAGAUACUCCAUCAAUGGGCGACCUCAGAAAUUGCUUCUUUUCCACUUCAAAGAUAAUACAUCAGGUCAUUACUGUGCUUUGUGCGGGGAGGGGGUAUUUUCGGGGGGGGAAUAAUCUAUAUUGCUUCAGAUUUUUCUGUCACUAUCUUGAUGAGAAAGAGGUUAUAAGCUUAUAGUUGCUAACUUUAUCCUCAUAACAACUCCUAUGAAUUGUCCAAGACCACCCAGUUAGUUGGAACUGGAAGUUAGUUGGAACUGGAAUCUGGGUCAUCAGGUCCAAACCCAGCUUUUCUAUCCAUUGCAGAGGUAGCAUGGUGAUUUUCAAUUUGAUGUGAAACAAAUACCAUGCUGGGUGUAUGGAACAUUAUCUACCUGCCUCUUUAUACCACUGAAAAAAAACUGCCUACUGAAAUCAAUGGCAAGGAGAAUGGUCUAAAUAAACAUCCAGCAAAAGCGAGAUUUUGAUGUUGUAGAUUUUAGAAGCUUGAACCCCACACUUGGCCAUGCUGUAAGUUUAUUCACCUCACGAAAAUAUCACAGAAGGGUACUAAAGGAAUCCAAUGUUGUUUUAUAAUAGCAGUUUGUUUGUUUAUUUUGUACAAUAACAAUUUCAUUUUAUAAUAAAUUUGUUAGUUUUUAAGGUGCCACAAGACCGACUGCUGCAAGCGACUGGCAUAGCUAUGUCUCUGUAUAAAAUUAUUUUGUUUCCUGUUGAAACCUAGGGGUUUUCCCCGGACAUUUCAUAGUUAUUCUAACACUUCGGUAGUUCUUUCCUCAUGUCACAUUUUGCAAAUUCUUUGUGGCAAGAAUCUGUCGUCUUAUGUGUCUUUUGAUCCCUUCUUUGAACUAUUUGCCUAAUUUUAAUCCUCCUACUCUAGCAUGACAAUUCUUUGUUUCUGUAAAUCCAUAUUCAUGCUAAUUGUGAUUGGUAUUGAGCCAUAAUGCCCAUCACAAGGGGUCUUAUUUUGCCUAUGGAAUGGAAGCAGUACUUGGGUCCCUGAUUCCUCCUCCUUUGAGGAAUCCUGAAUAUUCUAUGCAGGAAGUUUAUUUUCUUUGGCAUCUUAUGUGGGGUUCAGAUAUGGCUUGGAGCUUUUUGUUUUUGCCAGAUGCUAUGCAAGCAUUGCGCUACAAAAUGAAGUAGCAGCUGUAGAAUGAUCCCCCUGUUCAAUUUGAGCGAAGGGGGUGGCUGGGCUCUGGUCUGAGAGAUUCCAUGCUUUUCCGUUAGGUCACUUAGAGAGUGUGCCUGAAACAAAAAGGUCUUUUUCUAGUAUUGUAUAUGCUGAAUGGCACCUUUCCCCUGGAGAUUCUUGAUUAGGACUUCUGCUACCCCCUAGGCUAUUUAUCCUGGUAAAAAUUAAGAUUUAUAUGCCCCUGGUGUAUUAACUUGGAGGCAUAUCUCAGAGACGCAUGAGUAUAUUUAAUGCAUUUGACUGUGUCCCUCUCGCCUUCCUCAUGAAUAGAAGAGUGUUAACCCUUUGGCCUUUUACAUUUCCCACCUCCCCAUUGCCUGGAAGGCUUUCCAAGCCUGUAAAGUGGUCAUUGUUCCAAGCAUAGCUCUCUUGUAUAACCCAGCAAGAUGAAGCAACCACCAGGCCACUGUAUCUCAUGCUUUUACAGCUUAAUUUCUGACUCUGGUUGGAGGCCCUGUUGCAAUUGCAGUGCCCCUUGUGAAAUUUGAUAUGAAAAAUGCUUUCUUAAACCAACACUGUGACACUUCUUAUAGACUUUCUACCUUUCCUUCUGCCAAAACACAUGCUCAGCAUUGCCAUUCCCCUUGUUCUUGAUUUUCUCUCUCUUUAAUCCCUAUUUGCAGGCAAAGAAGAGAAAAAGAGCAGAACGUUUUGGCAUCGUCUGAUGAUCCUUCCUCUUAGCCUUUACUUGUUUGGGAUGUAUCUUUUAUACAUUCUUGUUCUUCGUCCCCUAAUGAGGAAUAUAAUUUUCUCCCCCACACAAAUCUUGGCUUUGUAUUUUAAAAUGAGCUCUUCAUUUGGGCUUUCCCCUCACCCCUCCCUGGCAGACUUGUAAAAGAAACAAAUUUCAGAGCCUAGAAUAAAAGUGUUCUGUUUGUGUAUGUAACAAUUUGAAUUCUCUGGCAAAUUCUCUCGUUAGCCACUUGUAACCAAACUAUGCCUCCAACUUGCUUCCUCUCUGUACAGAUGAAAGCAGCUGCACAAAAUAAAGGGAUUUGCAAAAUACCAGGAAUAUUAAUAUUUUUGUCACAUUAUUGAACUCCAGUUGAAGUAGUACGGAAACCCAGAGCUGUCUGAACCUUCCCUGUAAUUUUACAAAGCUGUUCAUUGUCUCUUUAUUUCAAUUCUCACAUUGCCCAUGGCUCAGAAAUAGUCUUCCUCUUCUAUGUCUACUGUUUAGUAAAAUAACUCAAAAAGUUCAUCUGUCUCACCUGACUGACCCCAAUCUGAAACUGUUUUUAUACUUAAAAGUAUUUAUCUCCUUGGGUUCUGCUAAAAGUUCUCUAACAUUAGGUCUUAGGAAGUCAUAUGAUGUCAGCCUUUCAUCUAUAUGGGUUAUAUAUUAUUGUCAGCUGAAGCAUUAGUCCUUUUUUUAAUGCCUUGUGCAGCUAUUAUGUAUUCUAAAUGAUGUUUUUAACCCAUAUAAUGGGAUGAAUUGUAUCAGACUGUGACUGGCUGCAGUAUAGAGCAUCCCAGGAUGCAGAAAGUGAAAAACUUUACCAUGAGUUUCUGAAAGUUCAUUUACUGCAAAUGCUGAUAAUUUCCUUCUCUGAAAGUAGCAUCAAAAAGCUCUAAGAUUAUAGCUGUGGAAAGAAUUGUUGUAAAAUGUAAUGUUCAAGUUCAGUGUUUUUACACUACUUUCAUUUCCCAGGUGGAUUUUCAAAUUGCACUGUUUUUUGUUUCUCUUUUGAGUCAAAUGCUUCUAGUUGCAAUUUAAUAAAGAUAACAAAUUGGAGAAAGCCUCUAUCCUAUCACAUUGUUGCAUCUCAUUUUCUUCCAAAUAACUUAUUCAUGCUUGUUUCAGAAGUGCAGGGCUAUCUCACCAAAAAUAUACCUCUGUCCAAGUGAUUCCAUCUUUAUUCCUCUUUUAUUUCAUAUAGCCAAAACCCCUUUUUACAGGUAUAUUUUAUAUAGGGAAGAAGUUACUAGACUUUUUCUAUGUACUAAAGGUAUCCUUUCCUGUUUGUGUCUGGAUUUAUAUACUGUUAUUCGGUUGGCUUUUGGAAUGAAUGUUGUUCCAUUUGUGCUCCAAGUAUGUGUGUUUGGGGGGGGGUGUUUUAUCCUAAUUUUUCAUUCAAAGGUGAAUGGCUUUUUUUUGUAUCCAACACACAACUCCUUUCUUUUGUGUAUAAUACAGAUUAAAGAAUGCAUUUAAAAGCCAUUAGCUGACUCUUGUUGAUUUUAUACUGAAUUCAUUAAAUGUUGUGUGUUUUAUUUGUGC